AUGAGUUCCAAGUUCAUCAUCGACAGCAUGCUGCCCAAGUACCACAACCACCAGUACCACCACCAGCUCUUGAACCCGGUGAUCACGUCCAGCGGCGGCGGCGGCGGCCUCGACUCGUCGGCCGUCAACUACAGCCUGACGCCCAACAACUCGUCGUCGAGCAGCGCCGGCGGUUCGCCGCCGUCCACGUCGUCCCUGGUCUCGCCGGCCGCCGGCCGCAUGUACCCGUCGUACGCGGCCGUGCACCAUCACCAGCAACAGUUCGGCGCGGCCGGCGCCGGCCCGAUGGCGUUCUCGUCGCCCGGCCCGGCCGCCCUGGCCGCGGCCGUCCAGGACGUGGCCGACAAGUCGUCGCCGUCCUGCCGGUACGGCACCGGCGUCGGCGUCGGCGGCGUCAGCGUCGGCGGCGUGUCCGCGGCCGACACCAUGGUCAGCAGCUACCUGCACCACCACCACAACCAGAACGGGUCCGCGGCCGGCACCAUGGCCGCGGCCGCACAGUUCUAUCAGGCCGCCGUCGGGGUCGGGGACCCGCUAAACACCGCGUGCGCCGGACAACCGGGGGCGCCCGGACCGCAGCCCAUGCCGGACAUACCGCGGUAUCCGUGGAUGACCAUCACAGGUGAGUCGCGAACCGCGUCAUGUUAUUAGCGUUGUAAUAAUCCCGCACAGGGCUCUCUCAUCGACUAGGCGCGGUCGCCUUUGAAAGGGGCGGGUGGUUCGGUCGUUUUCAUUUUUCGCGUCACCCGCGGGCUCUGAAAGAAAAACCCGGUCGUUAUUAUUUCCGGUGACCGUCAAUCGGAAGUGUCACUGUCUGCGCGCCUGCACGCGUGCAUAUGCGCAUCACGUAAUAUUUUACUUCGAACGACCGUUAUGACGGCAACUCGCGCCGUCGCCACUGAUCGCGCCGUUUUUAUUCAACACGGCUAUACCGCCACUGCGCAUCGGUUGACCGAUGUAAAUACGCGGGAGGGGCGGACUUUCUCGCGGUUAUCGUACCCGCGCCCGAACAGGAAGAACCGUUCCGGCCGAAAGGACGCGGUCAUAUUGUGCUAAGCGUAUUAUAUUAUCGUUUACCGAUCGUCGGUUCCCGAACGCUAAUUAAAAUCGUUAACGAUCCGUUUGUUUUUGUUUUUUUACGAAACUCGAAUAUCCGCGGGUUUUCUCGUGGCGUUUUUUAUUUUAUUUUUUUUUAUCACCGUUCCGUGCGCGUGCAGAUACGGUGCGUCCGCAUUCUCGGAAAAAUACCCGCGCGUAGAUUUCGAAUUUUCGGCGGAAGGGGGGUUGACGUAGUCGGUAAAAUACUCGCGAAAAACACCUACAGAUUAUUGCACUUCUAUACGAGAACAAAUGAUUAUCGGCGACAUCUCAGUUUUCCGUAACGCGCGUCACGAAUCUACCGGCUUUCGACAUUUUAUUUUCAUCGUUUAAUCGCGGUCGGCAACUGUCGACUAGACAGCCUAAAGUUACGCUAUUCCAUUGCAUUGAAUUCAAUCUCCGCAGCGUGCCCGAAACACGGCCGUUAGUAAAAAAAAAAAAAAAAAAACCCGACGGUAUUUCGUAAAUCUCGGCCGUCCCCCGGGACACCAAUACGACCGGCCGCCGCAGGAGCGAUUUUUUCUCGUAUGCCCGAACACGUACAUAGAACGUACAGGGCGCGUAGUGUCGAACGAUGUUUUUUUUUUUCCCCUGUUUUAGCGCACCGUCCAGUACUCUCGUUUGCGUUUGUUGUUUUUUUUUUUUUUUUCGAAUAUACUGUAUCGAAGAGUUGGUACGUCCCGGUUCGCUGGUGGCCGCUGAACAAUUUUUAAAAAAAAAAAAAAACCGCUUAAAAAUCCAUUGUUCGUUCGAACAAUUAUUAUAACAACACGCAAACGCGAACGUACACGUUGCAAUUAAAUCGAAAUAAUGCGCGCGCGUUUAAUGGAGAUAACGAUAUUAAUGUGCCCGCGAUGCAGAAAUGUUUUCGCGCGAAUAACAACCGGUGGCAGAUUCGGGAGGAGGGCACAAGGGCACGUUCCCCCUUCCCUCCCUGACGACGGACUUAAGUUUUUUUUUUUUUUUUUUAUUUAUACGGUUUGUAAUAAUUAUUAAUAUAUAGUAAUUCAUAAGCGAUUUACGGAAAAUUGAAAUAACGCGCCUUUCCCCUCCCCCCCCCCCCAAACCCUUUAAACAAUUUUCGGAUCCGCCGCUGAUUGUAAUUAUUGUUAUUAUUAUUUAUCGCCGUGUAGGUGGUUUUUUUUUCUUUAUUUUUCGACUGCGGGAGCGACGAGGGCGCUAUUAGAGACGACAUUUACAAAUUAACACGGGGCGAUAAGCGCGGUUUUUUUUUCUCCCGUAUAUCCAUCGCCGCCCGUUGUCAUGAAAACUGUUCCCCUCCUCCCCCCCCCUCCACCGCGUGCACAUUACGGCCGGUUAGGUGUGUAAUAUUAUGCACGUAUAUUAUACGACUGCGUGACGCGAUAUUUCCCCCCGACGGCGAAGGGGUGGUAAGGGAGAGAGGGGUGUCUCGGUCAUACGCGUUUGGCCGCGAGCCGGUUGAUUUAUCGUUUUCGGACUUUACGCGCCGAAUAUCCGAAAACGAUGCCUAUAAAGCUAGAAAACAAAAAAAAAAAACCGCGCAAUUUUAUAGACAAAGGUAUUCGCGUCCGUUAUUACGGCGCCUUAUAACAUACCGCGGAUACUCGCGCUAUUAUUAUGCGUGUCUAUUGCGCGCCCCCUCCCCCCCCGGAACUUAUGCACACUAUAUAAUAACAUAAUAAUAAUAAUGAUAAUAAUAAUAUACCUAUUAUAUGUAUCGUAAAAUCGUAAAAAAAAAAAACAAAGACUGUAAAAAAUUUAAUUAUCCUAUAAAUUACAUUCAAAUUAGUAUAGUAUUAGGUGUACUGCCGGCGCGCACAGCCGCACGCGCGUUUAUACGCGCGUAUAUGUGUACCGUGCGUAUGCAAUAAAAUAUAUGUGCACACGGACUUAAUUACCCGUAUAUUAUAAUAUAAUACGGCGCGCGCGUGUGUGUGUGUGUGUGUGUGUGUGUGCGUGCGUGCGUGUGUGUGCGCGCGUGUGUACAACAACAACAACAAUAACCAUUACCCGUUUACACCGAGAAUAUCGUAAAAAUGCAAACGGUUUAAUGAUAUUGUAUCGUUAAUAACGAUAUUAUGUUUCAUUAUAAAUAAUUAACGAUUAAUUAUUAAAAAAAAAAAAAAAUAAAUAAACUACCUGUGCAUUUUGUACGCGAAUUACGCGCGGAAAUCGGCGGAUUAUCAAUCCGCGCUGCGCGCGCAACGAAUACGAUACACCUGUACACACAUACGCGUGUGUGCGCGCGCGUGAUAAUUAACAACAGCGCGGCGAUUGUUGUUGCGUCGUCAUGACGCGCCGGAACCGCGCGAUAACCGCGGUCCUCCCGCGUUUCUCGGGGUUCCUUCGGGUUUUUGCCGCUUCCGCGCCGGGGUUCCGUCGGUCUUCCAUGUACGCGCACGCGUAUUGCGCCGCGCCAGUACAAUAUUUUCGUGGUUUCCGGUGCUGUGCGCCGCGCGCGUGCGACGCGGGCAAAAUGUAAAGGCCUUUGCCAAAGUCCGCCGUUAUAGACGACGCGCGCACGAGUACCGGAUCGUUGAACCGGACCGGCGAUCGGUAAGUGGGGGGGGCGCGGGCGGAGAGAGGGAAAAAUCGUCGGGAAAACGGGACAAUUUACACGCGUUCUCCGCGUUCCCGCGGUCAUUUUCGAUUUCGCGGUUUUUCUGUUCGGGCACCAAUGCCAUUAUUCGCUACGAACGCAGCGACGCGAAAUGUUCACCGAACGGCUAUGUAGACGUGUUCAAAACACAACAUUAUACUGGCGAUUUUCCCGGCUAUUUACUACGGCCGUUUGACCAUUUUUUUUUUUUUUUUUUUUUUUUUUUCUAAUUUACAUUUAUGACCCGGCACAAACGACCGAACGUUUAACCACGAGGUUCGUCAUUAAUUGUAAUAGAAAAAAAAAAAAAAAAACAACUGAACGUAGCGCGGUAUUUUUUUAAUUUCAUAAGCGCUCGAAUUAGGACGAAAAUCGCCAUCUUUUUUUGAACGCGUUUACCCGGCCUACGUUCAGAAUCGCGUUUCGUUGGUGGUUCUUCGUCGAUUUUUUACGGAUAAAAAACAGUGUGUUUUUAAUGUUUCCUACGCACACAUUCCCAACUCGCCGCCUACAACACGGCGAUGCAGCAGGCACACCCGUCAGGGCGGCGUCGCAUCUUUUUUUAUUUUAAAAUUGCGGUAUCGCGCAGGUCGGCGUGUUGUCACCGGUUAAAAUGUUAAAUUCACAAACACCGGCAAUUCCGUCAUACGUUACAACCGCGUGUGUUCUAAUCAUAUUAUGCAGAUCUCUUUUUCGAUAAACGGAUAUUCUAAUCGUACGAUUUUCGAGAAAAAUAUCCUACUUUUAUUGUUAUUAUUUUUUUUUUUUUUUUUUACUUUUGAAUGCCGCUGAGAAUUUUAACCGACGCUUCGUUAUAAUAUGUUAUUGUCCAAUUUUAUUCGUUUAAACACGCCCGCAUCCCGUUUUACGUUCUUUUUUCCCGUUUCUAUGCGUCUAUAUUAUGAUUAUGACGAAUCGACGCGUCCCGACUCUUGUUACGUUUUAUUACGAAAAACACACCAUCGUUUUUUUUAUGUCAUUACAGUUAUGGACGCGAUACGCAGUGUUCAAUAGCCCGUGUCGUUUCCGUUUCAAUACUCGCAACGCGGCAUCACCCCGUGUAAUACUGUAAAACUAAACGCGUUGUACAAUACGAGUUCAAAACGAUUUGAAGUCAUCAUUUAAAAGUCGUGCGCGACGGUUUUAACGUUUACCUCUGGCGCUUUAUCGAAUUAAUCACGCGUGACUCAAUCAAUGGGUUAAUUUUCAACGAGAUUCCAAAUCAUACCGCGCCCGUCGAGUAAAUUUAGAUUUCAUUUACAGCAAUAUGUUUUACCAAAAUAUUCACGAUUUUUUUUAUGGACUAUAAUAUUGCACGUUGGGCGUAUAGAUUUUACGAUUUGUAGUGUUCGCCGACAAUUUGUGCGGAGUACUCAAAAACGAGUACACGGUAACAAUUUCAGACGGUAAAUCACUAACGGAAACCGGUGUGCGCAUUAACGUUUGGUAAUCGUGGAAAUCUUUAGUAAUCCCGUUGAAAAUCUUUUGGGAAAUCUCAGAAAUCAUUUGGGAUGGGGGGGGGGAAUCGUGGUAUUCUGGAAUCCGGUGUACACGAUAUUAAUCGGCGAUUUGCCCCGUGUAAAACAUACGAUAUUUCCGGUACAAUGUAUUUUUCAACAUCGAUCGUUUUUGUUUUCAAAAAACGAAAAAAAAAACCGUAAACCCAAAAACGGGUUUAAUCGAUUUCGCGGCGACGGUAUAGCGAUUUCACGCGCGAUAAAUGAAUGUUAAUUUAAUUUUCAUUUUUCAAAUCGGCUUUUGACACGACUUGGUUUUCAAUCGGUUAAGCGACUCUCGAUAUAAACAGUGGACAGCGGUCAUUCGACUCGUUUUCCCCUCUCCCGACUCGCUCGACUCGACCGAGUCGAUAUUACCGCGGUCAACUCAUCCGAAUCCGCCGAUAAUGUUUUCUACGCGUAAUAGUUCCGAACAACGCGUUACCCCACGCGUGCACGUACGUCGUUGGAGCGUUGGAAACGUUCACAGAGCGCACGUUGUUAUUAACGAUUUCGUUUGAAAUGGCCGCGGCGCAUUUCGUUCAAUCGCACCGGUGAAUUCGCGACUUUGAAUGUUCCGAACGCGCGUUACAAAUAAAGACGAAACGUUGGAAACGUUUUCGGAUUUAUUCGGGACGAAAUCCAACGUACAAUAAUUACGCGUACGGUAAACGCCAACGCGCCCCCUUUUUUUUGUUUUUUAGAAGACCCGGUACGAUCGUGCACCGCCACAGUACACACGGCGGCGGCGUAGCGUUUUCGCGGGUCUCGCGCCGUGUCAGCGUUUCAAUAUUCGUACGUAUUGACCUAUUAUCGGCAAACCGAGAGAGACGCGCGAACAUUUUCCCCGGCGCGUUAAUUCUUCCCCGAUAUUGCAAUUUGCCAAACGAGAUUUAUAUGUGUACCGUUUUCAAAUAACUGUGCGCUGUUUCACGGGCAUUAUUACGUACUCUCGCGUGUCGAUAAAAUCGGAUUAUUCGAUAUGUGAACGCCGGAUGUGCGACCGGCCGACAAUUUUACCGCGGACCGGCCGACCGAAAACUGGCCGCCGAAAAUUGUUCUGUACGCUACCUGGGGAUCGGGACGUUUGACCUGACGCCCCGCAGGAUGUAUGACGCGUGUAUACCGCCGCACUUUGAGAAAAACUAAAAAAAUUGCCGAACCGGCUCCGGUGCGAAUGCGACUAAAACUCGAAUUUUAAAACGCGCCGUAUUCAACGACACUGUUAUUACUCGAAUUUCGCAAUUCCGCGCUAAACGGUUUCUCUGCGUGCGGUUAGGAAUGAUUAGUGGGCCGCCCGUGGACCGCGCACUGCAACCCCGGGCCUCCGCGCGAGUUUUCUCAUCGACUCCAUUGAUACCGAGUAAAAACAACGUCGCCGUCGCCGUCGCCGCCGCGUCCACAACGCGUUCGCGUUCGGUGACGAUCCGUGUGACGGUGACGUUUGUGCCAUCGGCGCAACCGAAAACGCGAUAAUAAACGCGAGCGUACGGGAAUUCCGCACUGUUCGCGGCCGCGGUUUUAUUGGGGGCCGAGAACGUUUUCAUUGAUCGCCGGUGAUUCCGGUUUUCAACCGGCAUCGGCGUUUUCGAACUAUCGCCACGACGCACGCGGCGCGGCUCGUCCGAAUGUGUCCGCCGGCACUAACGGUGUGUAAAACGGUCGGCGCGGCCCGAACGCGGACUCCCGGGUCGGCGGAUCCGACGGCAACGAAACCGUAUACGUUUUUUUUUUUUAUAAACGCGCGGACGUUAUCCGGUUAUACGGGGCCGGUAGCGCUUUGGUCCGCUGUAGCGUUUAUCGCCGCGGCGCAUAACGGACGGACAUUUUUUUAGGGAGCGCGCGACCGUCUGCCGUUCGCGCGACGACGCUUUUACGUUUCGUUUGAAAAUCUAACGAACGCGUACGCCGUGGUGAUUGCGCACCGCGUUACGGCCAACGUCGACAAUUAUCGGAUACGUAAUGUCCACUAGGGGGAGGGUGAUUGGGGCGUUCGCUCCGGGACGCCAAACCACGACGGGGCGCCCGGCUCCGUGUGCAAAACCCGAAAUAAAAUUUCAAAUCUCGCCGUGUUAUUAUGUCACCUGUUAUUUGUGCACGGGCGUAACCUAUGUGGACCACCGACGUUUAACCAGCUCGCCGGUAGAAAAGUUGUUCGCUGAGUGGGAACGAGCGGAAAACUGAAAGUCACUGUAAAACCAAUAGAGGCGUGCGCCGUUCCUCGCCGCGUCCGAAAUCUAAAAAAGGGUAAACGCGUCCGCCUUUUUUUCACACGACCGCCGGGCUAUUUUAUUUUAUUUUCCCCCGAUUCCGCCCGGACACCGCGCGCGUUAAUUAGUUUUUCGCGGGCGCCCGGCGAUCAUAUUUUACACGGUCGUUUUACCGCGGCGCGCUAAUUGACCGCGGCCGCCGCAGCGCAGCGUUAUUGGCAUUAACGGACGUCGUAUCGUUGCGGUCCGCCGCGCGCACACGGUUCAUACGUGCGGUCAUAAUCCGUACCGCCGUCGGUACAAUAAUAAACAUUGUCAUUGCAAUUUUAACGGACGUAUAACAGCGGCGGCGUAAUAUUAAUACAAAAUAAUAACAAUUGUUGUUGUUGUUGUUGUUGUUGUUUCGUCCGUCGUGCCCGCGGUCGGGAAAACCGAAGCCGUCGCAGCACGCAAUGUACGCCGCCGACGGUAUUUUACCCGCGGCGGCGGCGGCGGCCAUUCGCGUUGAAACGACGAACAAAGCGCGCGCGACGCGGUAGGCGGACGGGCGCGGCCCGCGGAGACGACGGGACACCGGUCGCGGGGCGUAUUUCGCGCGGCGGACGCCGAAAAAAUAAUAAUAACAAUAACCGCGUAGACAAAACAAAAUAAAACGAUUCUGAGCGCCAGAUGGCGGAUUCGGGGGAGGUGGGGGCAAUGGGGUCAUCCCCCCCUACCUCAAACACCGUAUAGUGGAACCGUGUGUUUCGGUUCGAAAGGUCUUUCGAUUCACUAUGCUUUGUAGCAGAAUAUUUGCACUUUCGCCCAUCCCUCCGAAAUCGAGUUUUGGAUCCGGCGGCAGUUGAGCGCAGGAUUCGCUGUUCAGUUACUUUUCGGACACGAUCGAACGUGUUUUUAUUACGCGCAAUAAUUUUUAAUUGCAAAAAGUAAAUAAACAAUAUUAACAAUAAUUACGAAUUCACGACGAAUCCGAAACGCCUGUCGUGUAGUGUCGGCGCGAAGGGUGUUUGUUUUCCCCGAGGAAACUGUAAAAUAUUUAAAAAAAAAAAAAACAUGCAAAAAUCGUAGAUACCGGUCGAAGUGUGGUAAGGCGGGGCAUUUUUGGUAGGUGGGUGGAAAAUUAAAUCGAGGUAAAAAAAACUUCCCGCCGCCACUGCGCAUGUAUACGUAAAAUUGUAAAUUCACGACGGUUUAGCUCGGAUUUUUUUAUCGUUUUCAACCGUACUGAGUACGAUUAUUAUUUACCGGGAAUCUCGUACCUACCGAAUUUCCGAGCAUUUUCACGGCGCAAAACCGUUUUUAUCCGCGUAAAACCAAAAUGAAAAACUCGAAACCUUCAAAGAGCUAUAAACAAUUCGAAAAACCUUAGAAUUCGUUGGGAGUUCGAUAUCGCGUUUAAAACGAACGCGUCAAAUUGUACAACGUGAAAAUAAAAACGAAAAUAACUUUAUCUGAACGUUAUUGCGAUGGUAAUUAAGUAUUCCCGGAUUUUCGCCGUUGUUCGAAUCGAAGAGGGGAUUGGGCAAAGACCUACGGGUCUGGACUCCCUCUCUCUGCGAUUAGUAUAGCGAACGUCUAAAAAAAAAAAAAAACGGUUAAAAAAAUACAACAGCCGACCCGGUUAUCGCUGCAACGAUUGAUAACAUUCGGUAUACUACUAUAGGUACACAACUCUUCACUGUGACCCCGACGAACCGUCGAAUGUGGUGAACAUUUUUUUUCACCUAUUAGGCCACUGAAAUUCGAGAAACCCGUCGACUUUAAAACAAAACCCGUAGUAUUUUUUGAUGACGUUUAGGAAGCCAAUAGCCUCGAUUGUUUUUCGUAGAUAAUAAUUUGACCAAACGACGACGACGGAGUCUUUAUCGCUAAGUGCGAGUCAACUCGGUAAAAUGUGACGCAUACCAAUUCGUUUUCGUUGUUGUUAUAGAUACUUAGUUUUAGUCUCGUUUGAAAAUUCAACGAUUCUCGAUUACCGUGUGUUAUUAUUAUAAGCGCCAGUGUUGUAUGGUUUACACAAGCGUACGCAGUUCCACCAAAAUUAUUCUAUAUCGAUUGAGUAUCUUACACAGCUCUGUAUACAGUAUUAUCCGUUUUGGUUUCAAACGAAUAAUUAGUGUUGCCUAUAGAUUACAUAAAUUGGGUGCAAUUAAUUGUUGAUUAAUUACGCAGUAAGUCAAUGGCCACGCGAAAAAUCCAGAGGCCGCGGGGCGUCUCCGGAACCCGUUCUCCGCGCAAGGGCGUCCUAAUCGGGAGGAAGCGAUUGGGGGGGGGAGGCGAACGCAUUGGAAUUCGGCCUAAUCGUUGGUCCAUGAGUGUAUUAGGUGUAAUCAAUACAAUAUUAUUUGACGUGAUUUUUUUUUCGCUAAUUUAUCGUUAAUGUUAAAUUUAAUUAUUUCGCCCCCCCCUCUCACCAUAGCCCCGAGGUCUGGAGAGAUCCCUGUCGUGGUCGCCCGUGAUUUGACGGCCGACAGUCUGCGGAUCGGCGGCUUGCGAUCGGACUUAGGCUUUUCCGGAUACAGAAAAAAAAAAAUAAAAAAACACCGUACGUAGAAAGUUAACGUCAGACGAUCGCGCGCGCGUCUCCGGUUGCAAUUGCGCGCGUAUACAACGCCGUGCGCGCGCAACAACACGACGACGGGAUAGUUUACGAUUAGAGAAAUUGAAAAUGCGUAUACUAAUAAUAAUAAUAAUAAUAAUAAUAUAUACAACGCGCUCGGCCGUGAUAAAAUAAUAUAAUAAUACGACGACCUCGUUAGACGUUCGGUAUAAAGAAAAAUAAAAAUAAAAAACGUACGAACAGUAUAUUAUUAUUAUUAGUAUUAUUAUUAUUAUUAUUAUUAUUAUUAUUAUUAUUAUUAUUAUUAUUGUUAUAGGUAUGCGAUUAUAUUCGAACGUCCGUUUAUUGUCGCGCUGCGUGCCAGACGCGAGUCGAGACUUUCAAUUAAAAAUAAAUAAAACGCGAACCGUCGAGCCAAUAACCGUCGCGCAAUAAGAGAGGCACAAAAAAAAAAACCCGCCGUCGCCACGGAGAUUCAUAUCAGUUAUUCGCGCGUUUGAGUCGCGAGUGGAAAGAGAGAAAAACAAAAAAAAAUAAAUAACCACCGGCAACCACAAUAACCGUAGCAACGUGUAUUCGUCCGCAAGAAGCCCGGCCCACGUUUAUUGUCCUAACGAGAAAUCCUAUGGUUUUUCUUUUUUUUUAUCGAUAAAACGCGCAGACCAAUAACAAAUAAUAAUACUGAUAAUGAUGUAUUAUGUCUUUCGGAGCGUAUCGCGCGUAACCGUUGUAGACGCGUAAUAGAUUAUAAUAGUCAUUUGUUUUUUUUUUUUUUUUGUUUUUUUUAUUUCGGGUUGUUAUCGGCCUCUAUACGACCGUCCCAUCAUAAAUCCAGUCUGUCCCGUCCGUCCCGAUCGGUUGCUCGCGCCUUCCAUAUCCGUUUCUCCCCCUUGCUCUUCCGCGUCCAUCUUUGCUGCAUCUCCCCGCCUCAUUCCCGGUCGUCCGACGGGUCUGUUUCCUGUCGGGUUCUUUUCCAACGCUCUGUACCGGAAUGACGGGUUUCGGUUUCUCCGAGUGUACCCCGCCCACUGUAGUCUCUUAUUUCUCAUUAUAAUAAUCAUGUAAUUGUAUUACUUACUUACUAUGUUGUUUUUAUUUGUUUCAGAUUGGAUGAGUCCGUUCGACCGAGUCGUUUGCGGUAAGAAUACAUUUAUAUUUUUCUCUCUCUAAUUAUCAUUGUAAUAUAUGUUUUUGUCUACACAUUAAGUAUUUACGCGUUUUACGCCCGUCGGUUAAGGUCUCGUGUCCCCCGAAAAUAUAGUCUCCUUCUUGUUUUCCGUCUUUAGUUCCGUAAUAGAAUUAAAGUACUCCGGGUUAGUCCGCUCGCGUUCAAAUUCGAUUCGCGCGAAUCGCGUAAAACCAUAAUUUGAGCCAGGACCGCGCAUACGCGGUUCGUACGAUUUCACAGGAACUACGCGGAAACAAAACCGCGGUCGGUGCGGGUUUAGACAGAUCGGUAAAUUUGAACGCGUAAACAACGGUUGGAGGCUUGUGCGAGUGUGUGGGUCUGAAGAUAUGCAGUUGGUAUAGGCGUGUGGCUAAAACGUUUGUAUCCGACAUUAUAGCACGUGAAUACGAACGAUACGAUUGCACGACCGUACUUGCAUACUGCAGCGUUAACAAUAAAUAUUCAAUUUCGAUUAAUAAUAUUACGUCAAACGUUAUUAACUCGCACUCGAUAUUUGAUAUUUUCACUUGAUAUUUUCUGAAAACCAUUCGAAAAUGCCCUAUACAAGAGAAUUUACGAGAGAGUUUGUUUGGACGUGUGUGUGUGUGUGUACGGGUCUUUUGAAAAGCGUGAUAUUGUAUAACGUGCAACGAUUGAAAAACCGAAAAAAAGUCGACAAGAACGCAAUUGAUAAUGUUCCAUAAACACCUGCUCGAAUAUCACAGCGAUUGGCACGAGCCAUUUAUUUGCGCAGUUUCUGUUUUUCGCGACCCGCGGUUCGGAAACCGCCUCGGGAGCCUCCUGGCCCGUAACCCAACCUAACCUUUGACACGCGUAACGCGCUCGCCACGCACACUGUAAACGCAGUACGGUAUAUUAUCGGGCGCCUGGAACACUAGUCGGGAGGGGAGGGCUGUUGGGGUUUGCGAGUCGGGGCGCCCGUGCUUUUCGCGGAAAACCAAAAGGCCCCGGAAAAACGCUCGUUCUCGUCGUAGCGGCCGUUGCGCGCGUAACACGUGCGGCCGAUGCGCGCGCGCACACACACCUCGCGGGCCGUACGACAAUGUAAUGACAACAACGCGAUGUGAUAACGUUGAAUAAAAAUAUUUUUACGACGGACGCUCGUCCGUUUGAGGCGGCGGGUGGGAAAGAGGGGGGGGGCCCGUCGGUCGGUUAACAGGUUUUUAUUGGACGACAAUAAAACGUUAAAUCACGAAUAAUGUUCCGUAUUGUAUUACAAUAUACUGUCGCCCGCGUGCAUACCGCCGCAGCAACAGUCCGCCUGGCCGUUCGCUCGUACGCCACUGUUCGUAACACAACAAACAUCACGAAUAAAUAUGUAAUAUAACUAUAUAAUAGUAUGACCGUCGUGAUUUAUCCGUCUCGGGCUACCGUCCGGCCGUAAAAUGUAUUAUUUGUAGAUGUUUUUUUUUUUUCCGUAGGGGCCCCGCAUAAUAUAAUAUAUCACAACCCUUUUCGGGGGCCGCGUGAGAUAAUUUCACCCCCUUUCGUGAUAAUCAUAAUACAAUAUCGUAAUGCCGGGCGGUAUUAUGACGACAAUAGGUCGCGUAGCACGAUGUACGCACACCGCCCCGCCGGGUAACCAUCGUCGUCGCUCGCCCCCUCCCCGUUUGCGCGCGCGAGGCGAGGCGUACGCCGACUCGCGGAGGGGAAUAAAUAAAACGGAUAAAAAAACGGUCCGUGGGCGCCGCGCACCUUAAAAAUGCGAUACGGUCCCGCGCAGCAGCCGCCGUCUCUCUCCCGGGGGAUAUACGAGAAGAUAUUAUUACACGGCCGAGAGAAAAGAAUAAAAAAAACGACGUCGUCGUACGUGACGGUUUUUUUUUUUUUUUUAAUCCCAUCCUCCCGUGCCCGCGACGUUUUAUGCAAAUGACGCCGGGUCCAUUACGCGCCGCCGAGACGGUCGUCGUAUACGCCGCGACAACACUCGACGUAUUACGCUCGCACGCACGCGCAACGCCAUUAUAAUAUUUUGUACCCCGUCCGUCGGUUCCCUCCGUACCGGUCGCGAGGGGGGGGGGGGGCGGGAGGUUCGCCGAGUCGGAUUUAUUAUAUUCACCGGGUCCCAUUACCAUAAUGUAUCGCGCGCGUAUACAUAAGUAGGUAUACGACAAUGACGACGACGACGACGACGACGACGGUAUUAAUAACAAUAACGUGUGUUGUUUAAUCCGUUCGCGUGCAUUGUGCGCGGUGCGCGCACGCGCGGCAUCGGCGGCCGUCUCGCGUUUGUUUCCGCGCCGACCGCGGCGUCCGUUCGGCCUUCGCGCGUAGGGAUAUUUUUACGAAAAUAAAACGCGGCCGAGCCCGUCGGCGCGCGUGGGACGUCGCCCGUCGGCCGCGUUCUCCGGCUCGUUUUCGACGGCGUUCCGCCGCGCGACACCCGCCGAGACCGUCCGCGGUAACGCGCGGCGCGGCGUCGUUAUUGUGAUCAUUACACGGUAAAACUUCCGUUGUGACGGUCGUCCCCGCGCAACGGUCAACUAUUUUCCCCGUCCCGUCAAGCGUUACGCCCCUAUGCGGGACACCUCCCAAGGACGGUCACCUCUGAAUAACGGUCGUUAUUGCCGGUCCCCCGGCCGAUGACCGUCGUGUGCGGGAAAUUUUACCGCAGUACCGCUGUCGUUGUAAUCGCGGAAACGGGUUCGUGCGCUGGAUAGGGUUUUAAACGGCGAAAAACGGUGGAAGGGGUUCGGAAGUCCGCCGCCCCGUCACCCUACCCCUCCUGUAACGGCUCUGGCUUGGGGUUUGUUUUUGUUUUCGAGAAAAAAUUUCCCGUUUUCGCGUAAUGAUAAUAAUUUAUUCGAAUUAAUUAAACGGACGGAACGCCGGUGGUACGGACGACCGAAAUCACAAGCGGUAUUUUUGAAAUAAGUACACAAAAGUUUACGGGUUAAACGGCGAAAACGAGAACGAGAUAGUUUUGUACACUAUAUUGCUAGGUAUCGCCUUUGUUAGACGCGUGUUUAAAAUCGUCCUUAUAUGACGGGAAAGUACUUUUUAAAAACGAGCUAGUUCAAAUUCUAGUUUUCGAAAUUAACUAGUUCAGGUUCGUCGAUAAAUUAUUUGGCAUUUUUUCCGUUCGGAUGUAAGCGGUUUUAAAUUUAUCGUGAUAAUUCGUUCAUUUACGACGUCUUUGGAUAAUGCUGAUAUCGCGUUAUAAGACGGUAUCUUUUUGUUAUCAAUUUUUAAAACAGUUAACCGUCAGCCAACCAUAGAGCAAGGUCUUGAUUAAAGACUGUGCCACAUUUAGUAAUUUAUUUUAAUAUGUUGUUAACUCGACUCGCGGUUAAAAAUACUAUAUAAAUGGAACGAACGAACGAUUACGCGACCAUUGGUAAAAUAAUUUUAUUUGUACGCGAAGUUUUUUCUCCGGCAAUAAAAUGUCUGCGGGACAUUAUUACAUAAAUUAAACGCGUUAUACACGUAACUAUGGUCUGGAGUUAAUUUUGUAAAACGAAUGUACCGAAAAACGUUCAAGUUCAUAACAAAUAAGAACUAUUAGUCCACGUUCAAGUUUAUUUCUUGAAAACUGAACUCGUUCAUCGCGCAAUACGAACGCGUUAUUUCCCGUCACUGGAUAUCGGAGUAUUUAGAAUUGAAAAAUGCAGCGCGGUCAAUUUUGCCGGGCUCCGAUUUGCUGAUUCGACCGCCCCGCCCCCCCCCCUGUUUUAUUUUUUUUUUUACUCGGCUCUUUUGACUUCUAGAUAAAUCUUUGCGAUUCGGCUUCGGCCCGUUACCUUCGAUUCGAUUAAAAACCAAUCGCAUGGACGUGACGAAAUUCCAAAUGUUUUUAGGCCUUUGCCGUUAUUUCUGUUUGCCGAGCAGAAACGUUUGACGAUACGUACGCUACGUUCACGAUAAGUCGCACGCUCGACGGUAAAAAAAACGCCGGCCGUAUAAUACAGCGAUUUACGCUUUUUUCUUUUUUUUUUAAGCGGAAAACCGUACGGAUACGGGGGGGCGUUUCCCGCGUGUUCGCGAACUCCGUACGUCGCGUUUCGCCCACAACGGUUUAGAAUUUAAAAAAAUCUCCGUGUACCGCCCCGCUCCCGACAUCGCGCCCACGCCGGCGACACACCCGUCCAGCGGCGCCCGCCCAUUAGCUUUCGUUUUGUUUUUUCAACGGUGUGUACACCCGCCGUCGUUUUCGCGGCGCUGCGGUAUAGCGUUUGGAAAACAACCGUCGGCUAUUGUAAUGAUCGUGCGCGGUCCGUAGUUUAAGAGAACGAUAAUUACGACGAUAACAAUAAUCAUUGUCAUUGUCGUCGGUAAUAUUUAUAUAUGUAUAUGUGUAAACAUAUUAAUUUUUUUUUUUUUUUUUCAUUCGCGCGCGCCAAUAAUACUCGCGCACGUCCCAAGGUCUUCGCGGUAUAAUAACAACAAUUAUAAUAAUAAUAAUAGUAAUAAUAACGAUUUUAUACGCUUCGACGACAUUGUCCGCGGACAAACUCGACGCACGACAACAAUGUUGACGAUCUAUUGCGUUUAAAUCGAACGGCCGUUUUUCAACGGUAUUCUCGAAACGUCGCAGAGCUGACGGCGGUUUUUUUUUUUUUUUUGAAAAAUAUUUUAUACGGCCAAAACGCCACGGUAAAUGAACGUACGAUAUUUGUACAUAAUAUAUGUUGCAGGCAGAACCCCGUAUUUGUUAUCCGACGAUCCGUAAUAGACCCCCGAGCCAAAGUACUGAGCUUCUUUUCUUUUUUUUUUUUUUUUUUCUGUUUUGUAACCGUCUUGAGAAAAUCGCGAUAAGAUCGAACGUUUGGAUAUAUAUUACUAAGAAGCGACGAUCAUUUCGGGAAAACGGUUUUUUGCUUUUCUGUCUUAAUAAAAAAAAAAAUAGGCCUGAUAAAAACCGAGUGCACCAACGGAGAUAUUAUACAGAACAUCAUUAAACAAUACAAAUUAUCAACCGUCCGGCGCUUAUCAGCCGUCUACGGACGGGUAUACAGUCAAACUGACCCUCUUAAUAACACGAUAUAAUAAGUAUGCCUAUACGCCGACCUAUUUUGUAAUUUUAUGCACCACGGUAACGAAACGUUUUUGAUUUUUGUCUAUUCCAUGAGUUCUAAGUACAAUAUUCUCGUAGGUUUUUUUCAGUUUUUGUCAUUUCACGGCGUGUGACGGGACUGUUUGACAUUUUUACACCUGCAGUCCGUACAAAUGUCAAAUAGUCCAGUUACACUCUGUGUAUAGGUAAUAUGCAACCCACGCGUAAAUAUGCCCCCGCGAUUCCGGGUAUUUUUUCGUUCAUAAUUAUUACAUAAUAAACGGGGGUCUAAAACAGUGAUCGGUUUUUUAAAUUCAUUUCGAUUUUACCGUUCGUUUAGUAUAUUAUACCGUGCAUAAGGUUUUUACCGUUCGUAGAUUAGUGCGACGUCGGGUCACAAACUGUACCGUAAUAUAACGAUUAUAACUAUUUAUCCGGCAGAGAACCGUAAUGACUCUAUGUAAUGGUGUAAUAUAAUCGAUUUUCGUUAACGUUUCGAUUAAAUAUUGUUUUUGACUUUUAACAGAAUCGAACGCUAUGGCUGGUGUGUCCGCUAAAAAGAGUAAUAAAAAUAUAGACGUUAUCAAAUUAAAAAAAAAAAAAAAAAAACGGGCACGCGAGACUCCAACGUGUACGAUGUAUUUCCCCCGCUCCGAUCGGCAUUUAAAAAAAAAAAAAUAAAUAAAUAAAAUGUUCGAGACGAAAUAUCGUUGUUUCCGGCAUGGCUGCCGUUCGUUUUUUAUUUGUCGUAUUAAAAAGCAGUCGAGCGGCUCGAAUAAAAGGCGUCGUGCACAUAAUAUUAUUGUAUUAUAAUAACAGUAUAUUAGCUAGCUCUACAAUUUUAAUAAUACUUUUGAUAUCAAUACCGUGUUGUUAAUGGCCGCGUAUAAAACUAUUGAAACGGUGUAUGUCGACGGCGGGGGUGGGGAAAUUCGAAUUACGUACUUGUAUGGUACUAUACCGGGUGUACCCAGUUUUGACGGUCGUUCAUUAUACCGCGAGUGCCCCCAGGACGCGUUUACGCGUUAUUCAAAUUUGUUUUCACAAUAAUAGUAUUAUUAUUAUUAUUAUAUCUGAUAGCCGCCCAGAGUCCAGUGUACAAAUCGAAACCCGUCGUUCUAUGACAGUGGUGUAAACCGUAUAUUGUUGCGGUUUAUCGGAUAAAAACUGCCAGAAACCGGCAAAACAAAUUAUAAUAAUAAGCAGUGGCGCGCAUUUUCAAUGGUCCACACUCAAAGUCUCUCGAUAAAAUAUAAUUUUCCCGUGUCCCCAAAUAAGAAACAAUCGACUGUUUUCAUCAAUAUUAUUGAACGUUAAAAUGUCCGAGCGUUUAUUGUAAUCCGCCCAUCUGCGAAUAGUUUCGGAGGAUAUACCUCAAUAAAAAGACCCCCGAGAUCAACGCCAUUGGUAAUAAUAAGUUAAACGUUAUAUCCGCGCGCUCUCGCGAGGCGGGGAGAAAACACUGUUUACGGAUAGCAGGCAUUAGAAUAAUUUGUCGUAAUAAUAUAUUAUAAUGAUGUUAUAAUAAUGACGAUUUGUUUCCAAUUAGACGAGAAGUGUUUGUUUUUGUUUUUUUUUUUUUUUGGUAAAGCAUCUCAUGAAUACAUAAUUAUAUUACGUUUUAAACUGUUCAAGACGAUACCCGUUGAAAAAUCGCUCGAAUCGUAAACAAAAUGUUUAAAAUGAAUAUAGUAAAACCGUGUUGCAGUUGUUUUUCUCGGCCAUAAUCACGGCUGCGCGAUAUAAAAACGCCUAACACGAUUCGGGAUUUUCAUUGCUCGCGUUUUCCCACCGACUAUACUGACACACGAAAAAAAACAUUUUUCACACGACCCAAUGGAGAUAUGUAUAUGUAUAUAUUCUUAUAACCCGUUUCGUUGAGAAGACCGCACGCACGACGAUCCGGUUUCGUUUUAAAGGAUGGCGACACGUGUAUUAAUAUGGAAACGUACUUGCAGUGGGUAUUAUAUAAGAACGUGUGUUCGAAAGAAAAAAAAUGGGGAAAAAACGAGUAUCCAGAAUGACAACAAUAAUAACGAUAUUAGAAAUGGUCGUCGGGCUUAAGAUGCGAGGAUGAGUCGCUACGAGAGUGAAAAAAAACCAACCAGGAAAAAAAAACGAAAAUACACGACAAUGUUUCAUUGUCGGGUGAUGUCGUGGCGUGUUUAUUGUGAUAAUAAUAUAUUAUGCGGACUGACGGGUCGUAUAUAAUAUUAUUAAAAAAAAUAAUAUAUAUAUAUAUAUGUGUAUAAAAAAAUAGUCACCUUAACACACUCGGUUAUUAUCGUGACGACUACAGAGUCCGGAUUCAUAGGCAUUCGCGUGUUUGUGCAUUAUUUAUUAGUUUAAAACGUACCUGUACCUGUAUAUAUGUUAUUGCGUGAAGCUAUGCGGGCGAAACGAAAAAUUCGAACUCGAGCCUACGUACGAGGCGACGAGCGAAAUUUGAUUUCACACGUUUUACGGGUUUCCGCGGGUCAGUUCGAACAUUUUUAAUUUUAAUUUUGUUCCGCGUUCGAAAAACGACGUUUAUUCAACACGUGAAACGCCGAUACGCCGAUUUCAUUAUCGGUACCGCCCUGCGUGCGGAUAUUAUAAUUUCGAAUUCGUUGUUUUUCCCCGCGUUCGAAUAUUGUAAACCAUUAAAACCCGUUGACCUCCCCGGCCACUAAUACUUUCGAUACGCUCGGUCGUUAAUUUAUUGUCUAACCGCAUUAUGAUGAUAAUAAUAAUAAUAACCGACCGUCCGGAGAGCUCGUAGUAGUUGGGUGCGAUGACAGUUUUACAGCGCACGCGUCCCGCUCAAAAAUAUUCCUCCGUUUCGCGCAAUACUACGGUCGCAGUUCUCCUACGCUGGUUUUUUUUUUUUUUUUUAUUGGCCAACACUGCCAUAAGCAUCGCCGACACAAUAGCGGAGGAGCAUUGCGCAGGCGCGGACGUGGACGAGACGCGCAACGCGCGAACAAAACGAAAACGUGACACACGCCGCGAUCGCAUUACAGGUGUCCGCCUGGCCGACAGUACGUCCGUUUUGCCGCGGGGACACGGCGCGCCACCGCGAACGACUAGGAAACCGACGCCCGGUUGAACCGAAUUGCCGACGCGGCGGCCCAUAGCGCCACGGCAAUAAUAUCACUGCCGGUCGGUUUUGACAAUUUGAACGACCCGGAGCGGGCUAUCGUUUGCGCGCGACUCCCGUGCGAAACCGACCGGGUCACGGGUGUCGGUUCGGACGUAACGGCGGUACGGUCGUGUAUGUAUACGCUUCCGCGGUGCACCGACGGACUCGUAACGGCCCAAAACGAACGCUCCGGCCACUGUCGGCGGUGCGCGCAGCCUUUUCUGGCGACGGCUGCGGAACAAGACGCCGUCCCGUCAAUAUAACGAUUACGCAGCGACGGAAACCGACGGGACAUCCGCCGUCGUCAUCGUCGUCGCCGCCGCCGUGGGCCGUGUGCCCCGUACGAACCGUAUACGGUUUUUCGAAAUCGCGACAUUAUCUCUGACGAGACGUUCACAUGCGCGUUAUCGCCACGACAGUUCGAAAACGCGCCGCGUCGUCGCGCGUUGCGGUAGGUCGUCGACGGCCCCGGCACGCACGGCCGCGGACGGUAAACGACAAUGAAAAUAAUACAAACACGAAUGAAAAAAACGCACAGUGUUCGUCCGCGCGGCUCUGUCGGCCGUACGCCUGUGUACCCGUCAAUACGGUAUUAUCUACGCGCGCCCGUUUCAUGCGAACCGCGACGAUAUGCGUAAUACGUUAUUCCGUCGUCGUCGUCGACAACACGUACACCUCGACUGUACCCGCCGGGGCGUUCGACGUGUCGCGGGAAACGCAUUUUACGCGCCGCAUUUACAAAUCCGCGCGUGAAUGUUUUAUACCGGAUUCGUUUUCUUUUUCGCGCGCCGCGGUCGGUCUCUUUAUACGCCACGCGUAUACGUAUGCGCCGUGCGCGCCCGUCGUGCGGUCGCCGCGACGGAAAAGGCCGCGUGUCGUCGAUUCCGGUCGCGCAUUAUUCAAGGUCGCGUCCGCCGUGCGGCACGGCCCGCGGAAAAGGCCGCGCCCGGGGGCGGCGGCCCGUUCGGAAAUCGAAAAAAAAGCGGACGCGACAUUUUUAUCCGGUUGCGUUGUAGAACCCAUUCGUCGCCACUGCGUUUCGGUCCGUUGAACGCGCGCGCGAACAGUAACGCGCGUAAUCCCCGCAAAUCCGCAACAACAGCGACGUCGCAAUCGCACUGAUAUUUCGCGACGACCGGACAGAUCCCCGCAGAGCCGCGGACCGAUGGGGGGGGAGCUGAGAGGGGUUUCCGUCUCGUAACGAAAACUGGCCCCGACAAGGUAUCAUAAACACCUCGUAUACCUAAGCUUUAGCAGGUAUAUAAAAUAAUAUUAAAAAAAAAAAAAAAAAAAAACAGACAGACGCGUAUUUCGCACGACGGGCGGGCCGCUGUUGUUGAUGAGAAGUUGCAGCGAAAGUAGGACACAGAGGGGAAUUCAAUUUAUAUCUGUACGCGACGAUGAGCCGCGAAAAACGAAAAACGAUUCGGCGCGAACUUUCUGUUAUACGUGUGCGUAAAUUCUCCCGUUUUCCCUACGUUUCUUCGCGGAAUUUCCCCGUUUAUUAUGGAACCCCUGGGAAAAUCAAAAAAAUGGCCGCCCUAAAGUACCAUCCAGAUAAAAUUUCCUUUCAGAAAUGGUACUAUACACUUGAAAACAAGAUUUCCGGUAGAAAAGUUGUUCACAGAUAAUGCAAAUGAAAAAAAAAAAAAAACAUUGUAAAACUAAUACGUUCCGAAUCUAAAAUGAUUUCUUCGAUGUAUACAUUUUAAAGCGAGGUAUAAGUAUUUUUAAAUUAUGAUAACUCACAAACUCGUUAUCGCUUAAAAAUUAAAAUACCGAGAAAAAAGCCGACGUAGUUGCGCAUAAAAUGUACUAAUACAGAUAAAAAUUAAACGGCCAUUAAUAUUAUAACGGUCUCAUCUUUGAUUUUAUAAACGCGCCCUUUAUGACCCAAAAUUGUUCAAUGCAAUUAGGUGCCUGCCUAUAGGUACUUAAACAUUUUCACAUUCGCUUAUUUUAAUUGAAUUCAAACCACCGUUUGUCGUAGUAUGAUCUACCGUGAUUAAACUUGGUGUGAUUUUUCAAUUAUAUUUUUGUGAAACGGCUGAACACCAACAAACACAAAGCGGUGUCCCCGCUGAAAGACAAUUUUUUUUUUUUUAUGUCGUGCGUUUGUAAGGCGGAAGCAGAGCAUGCGGAUGUGGCGUCUUCUUAACACUUACAGUUAUUAUAGACGCCGGCUGUUAUCGUUAUUUCGUUAAAGAUUCAGUGUUUUCGACUUGUGAACAACAAAAAGAAAAAGAAAAUCGAUUUUUAUUCUACAAUGAUCAUCCAGUAUUGAACUUUAUUGGUUGUUUUUUUUUUACAUUUGUUUACAAUUCAUCCUUAUAAAUUGCUGUUGCUUUCUUAUAGCAGCCAUUUUUUUUUUUUUUUACGAUAAAUAAUAAUUUAACGUGGAUUUUAUUUAUUACCGUUAUACGGUAUUAUUGCGAACAUAAAAUGAUAUACACUUAAGUCGUCCAUAAUGAGGCGUUAGAUCCAUCUAUAGAUAAGAAGAUUAUUCUUUUUUUUUUAUAUAUUUCUUAGUUACAUUUCAAAUGAAAUAUAUAAGUUCGAUCGAUUAUCUAGAUGACUAUAAUAUUUUAUUGCAUUAUUUUAGUUUUAAACAGUCGUUUCGUUUUACCGACUUAUAUAAGUAUAUUAUAUGUACAUUCUUUACAGGGUGAUUAUUUUAUCAUCAGUGAUCCAAUGAUUUUCCGAAUGUAAUAAUUUCAUAUUUAUUUUUAAUUACAAUAAACCUUACCGAAUCUUCCAAUCGACAUUUUACACAUUUACAUUUUACUCAUAAUUCAAUUAGUAUGUUUCAUGCCAUCAUAUGUUUAAAAAAAUAUUCUAUUUUCGAAUCUCGGUUGAAAAAAGCGGGAUUUUCUAUUCGAAAGUCGAUACGUUUAUUUACUGUGUACGGAACGAGGGUAAUAUUUUGAAACGAUUGUAAAUAUUAAAUCAUACUAUUACAAAACGGUUCUGACAUGACCGAAAAAAAUCAAAAUGAUCCUACUCAAAAUUGAAUAAUAAUUGGAUCACGAGGAAAAAAUCACCUUGUAUUUAAUAUAUAUAUGAUUAUAUGUUAUAAAUUAUAAUUUUCAUAUGUAUUACAACGUGAUAUUAUCAUCGUUAUCGGUUAAAAUAUUAUAUUGUUAUUCGUGAUUAUGCAAAUGAAUCCUAUUUUUAAACCGUGUUUUAGUAUAGAUUGGAAUUUGCAUGUUAUUUUUCAUUGUAAUCUAAUUUCACGUUUCAGAUUCCAAAGACUCCGAAUAAACUAUAAUACCUGUAUAAUAUGUAUAAUUAGCAUAAUAUAUCAUUACAGAGUUCACCGAGUUUUAGAAUUUCGUACAGAAAUAAGAGAUCCUCAAACGAAAUCUAUAUUGAAAAAGUAUUAACUCAGAGGGUAAAAAUACGUGCAGUUUUCAAAUUCGUUUCUGCACAUUCAUAUGCGAUAGUUCAUUUAUUAUCUCGGGAUUAUCAUUUCUUAGAUCGAAUACUGGUGAAUAUUUUUGUCAAGAGACAUUUUCUAUUUUAGUCACUGCGCAUUUUUAGUUUGUUUUAUGCAUACCUUUUAUAUUUUAUACUAUUUUCGACACUACAUUUUGGCCCGAGAUAAAUGGGUAAGAAAUUGUUUUUAUUUUUAGAUUCUGAAUGAAACGAUGAAUGUAUUGGUUUCACAGUGAUUUUUAUUUGUUUAUUUAUUUUUUUUCUUUAUGUGAACAUUUUUCUAUCAGAAAGCACAUUCCGAUUAUCAAGUGUAGCACCUUUUCUGAAAGGAAAUGUUCUCUGGGUGGUACCUUAAGGAAAGUCAUUUUUUGAAAUUCUCAUUAAUAUUCGAGAUAAUCAGGAAAACCUCGGUCUUUCGGUUAAAAAAGAUUGAAAGAUGAAAAAUAAGGUUGUCAUUGGGAACCGUUUUUAUUUAUUUUUUUGUUAUUAUUAUGUUAAUCUUUUUUAAACAAUCAUUGUUAUCAUAGAAACGCACAUUUUUGUAAUCGUUUUACAAAAGUGUGACAUAUACCAUGUAUUGUAUUGUUGACAAAGCAACUAAACUCCCGUUCAGAAUCGUUUUUUCGUUAACAAUGGUUUAUCGUUGCUUACAGAUAUACAUUAAAUUCCCGUCUGUAUCCUACCUUCUCAACUCCCCUCUACAAUAGUGGUUGCACCCACAUGCGAAGUAUGUCCGUCCUUGUUUGUUUGUUUUUGUUUUGCAGUGUUAUAUAUUUUAAAUCGACGAUUUUUAAUAUACAUCCAUUCAUAGUAUACAUUUUUUUGUUUACACAUAUGGAAGUUUUUUAUUUAUUAUUUUUUGUAAAUCAUUUUUACAUAGUGUGGACUGUGUUUGUCUGCAAACUACAAUAACAUUACAUAUGCGGUUGGCGUCACGAUAACGGUUGUAAUAUUCGAUUUGACUUCAAAUAUUAUUAUGGUCGUUUAUAUUAGUUUUGUGCGUAGGACUUCAUGAGAAGUUUUUCUAUCCGCGUGCACAAUAAUAGCGUCACGUUAAUACAAAAUAUUAAAAUUACCAGGCUAAAAUAAAAAAUAAAGAUAUUUUAUUCGAGCGAGGCCCCGUAUUAUACGCUUGUAAAUAGUGUGUGUUAUAUAAUAAAUCUCGUCCGCCUUGACAAAAGAAUACAAUUGAUAAUAAUUAUCGACGAAAGUUGCGAAAAAACGAUUAUAGGUCAGCUAUUCUCCGCGUAAUAUUGAUAGAUGAUAAUAUUACAUAGGAUUUCUCUUUGUUUGAUACGCGCAACGUUUGUUUUUUGUUAAUAGUAAUCGAAACACGUUUUUGUAGAAAUACAUACCUACAAUAACAAAAUUGCGUAGUUUCAAUUUCGUUUUCUUUUUUACCGUAAAAAUAAAAAACUGUGUACAACAUUAUUAUAAUUGUUUGUACUCGUUGGCGGCGGACAUUUCAAAAACACGGUGUUAUUGCAUCCUAGAAAAAUUAAUAACUGAUAGGUAUAAGCGCAUACACAUUAUUGUAUUCAAUCGAAAUUAUUGUUUAGAUAAGUAUUAUAAUUAUGUCAUAAUGAUGCGUAUUAAUUUAUUUAUUCGUUAUCUAUGAAAUUGUAGGUAUAUAGGUAAUCGAUUUUUUUAAUUUUUUUUUUUUUGACCCGGUUUCCUGCCACUCUCAUAUCGGUUGUUUAUUAACUUAUACACAUAUUAAACGUAUCUAUUAAAAUAAUAUAUUCGAAAUAGACUGAUAAAAAUGUGUUUACAGAGUGGAAAUUACGAGUUUUGUUAUAAUUAUAAACAUAUUCAUACAUUGCAGGCGGCGUUUAGGACUAAACAUUUGUAAAAAAAAAUAUACAUAUAUAUAAAUAAGCGCCGAAACCGUCAGUUCAUCUGAGACUAUCUGAAUCAUAUUAUCAAAUAAAUAUUAUUAUAAAAAGUCAUAUGCACGACUGGUUAUAAUGGCCAUUGAAAUGUUUAAAAUUGCUAUAGUGCAGUUAAAUCUAAAUGCUGCAAAUCUGAGUGAUGCCGAACGUUUUAAACAUGUUAAAACUGUGCACUGAUUUUUGCGUGUAGACUGUAGAAAUAUAAAUUAUGUUAAAUCAUUAAAUACCAUUUGACAAUAUAAUUUAUUGGACUUACGUCAAUUACGUUCGUCUGACUAAAAAAAAGCUGACUAUAACAACCAAUAUACUUAAUGCGCGUUAAAAAUUUUGGAAACUGGAUCUAUCAUACUAUUAUGCCAACAAAACUACGUUACAGUCGUAAUCAUUGCAAUAAUUAAAUGUUGAAUAUGUGAGACGUGGGUCUUCUUCUUUUCGUCUUCAAUCGCUUGAUUGGUUCGCUGCAGUUUUUCAUGCUUCCCUUUUAUAACUUAAUUCCUUUAACUCCUUAUAGCUAAUCUAUCAUAAUUUGUUUCAUAUGUUCCAUCCUUAAUCUUCCUCUUCCAAUGUAGCCUUCCACGUCUCCUGUUCUAUAACUCUUUUAUUUAGCCUAUCAUGGCGUAGUAAAUCCCCUAUAAUUUUGUCUUAUUUAACUUUAAUACUGCGCCACAAUUCUCGUUUUUCCUUUAUUCUUGUUAAUGGCUACAUUUAUUAUUCAUUCAGCCCAUUAGAUUUUAAGCAUUUAACGAUAUGUUGCGAUAACACUACAUUUCAAAAGUUUCUAGUUUAGUUUUCUCUAUACUGUACUGAACGUCCAAGUUUCACUGUCAUACGUGGCAAUACUCCACACGUAUAUUUUUAGGAGCUUUUACCUUGUCUGUAAGGUCACACUAUUUGUGGCGUGGAGACGUGCGUGCAUCUGAAAUUUUUUGAUUAUGAGGAUGUAUUUGUCCGUCUUACUAACGCGUGGCAUUGAAAAAUUGCAUAACUCAUAGAACAUCAUUUGUGGCGUUAGAUUAAAAUUGGAGUUCAACGAUAAAUAAUAAUAAUUGAAGUUAUUUAAAAAAAAAAAAAACGCAAAAAGUAACUUAUAACUGUGUAACGCAUAUUAUGUCUACGUACAGCCCUCGAAAAUAUUUUCGUCUUCUGUUCAUUUUUUUUUUAUUAUUUGUUAAUAAAUUUCAAUUUCACCCUAAACGCCACAAUUUAUACGGUCCAAGUGUAUGAGAGAAAGGAGUUGAUCUGCAAUGACCUAUUUAUUUAUAAAAGAGAGACUAUUUUAUGUUUCAAAUUCUUAUUAAGAAGUCCAGGUCCUAUCAUUUGUGUAUCGUUAGCUCGUUGAUAUAUAUAUAUAUAUAAUGAGUGCGACAUAAUAAAAUAUACCAUUAUAAAUCCAUAUCAAUUAACAUUGAUUUUUACGACCAAUGAAUAUUGGUCAAUGCUCGUCGUCAGUACCAAUAAAAAUCGAUUCGUACAAUUCUUAUAUUGAACCGUAUAUCUUAUAAACGGUAGUGAAUUGAGUAUAAUUGCAUAUAUUAAUUGUACGAGUAUAUUAUAACUAUAUAUGUAUAGCGAUUAUCCAUCGCCCAUAAUGGCCAAUACAAUUAUACAGACACGCGAUUCCAAGUCGAUUGUGAAACGCGAUUCGGAUUUGUUAAAAAAAUAUCGUUGAGAAAAAAUCCAGCAAAAUUCGAAUUUUUUUUUUUUUUUACCGGACAAAUUAUAACGUUAUGACACAAUAUGAUAUAUCAUACAAUAUUUAUAAGAAAUAAAACUAAAACUGUUAUUGUUACCGAUUUAUAAACUCGUGUAUGCGUGUGUAUGUUACAAUUUUUUUUAUUAGAUUACAAAUCGUUUUUCAUCUGUAUUGUUUAUUAUAAUAUAUUUCGAGCGUUUUUUUUUUUACGGAUCGUCGUUAAUAAAAAAAAAGCAAUAAAACGUCAAGAAGCGCAUUGUAAUAUAAUAUAUACAUGUAUAAAUGGUUACAGUGGGUGUACAUCACUUUGCAUAGUUGUUUUUCGCGUAAACAUUUUCAUAAUUAUCGACGAUUAAAACGCGCAAGACCGUUUCACCGUUUACACCCCGAUCACGUAUAUAUUAUUACAUACCUAUCGGACUGUCGAAUUCGCCAUAACGUACAUAACAAUAAUAAUAUAAUUACGCGUCUAUUGUUUUCUCGUCGCUUUUUGAUCGCUAAAAUGUAUAGAUUUUUGUUUUUUUUUUUUUUUUUUUUGAAAAACAUUUUCCAACCCACUGUAUACGUGACGACGGGUAACCGAAUGAAAUCCUUUUGUUUUUGCUCUACGCCGUAUUACGAUUUUUUGUGGUGCGCGAUAAUUUAACCCGGACCACGUUUCGUCAUAAAAAAAAAAAAACACCUGCAUCCCGGCCUCGGUCGUAAAACGGUAGGGCAAAUUCGAAAAAGAAAUACCUAUAAUAAUAGCACACGAGGGAACAAAACACUACACACACAGUAUACACGUCACACAACAAUAUCGGACCCGGACCGGUCCGACAUUAUUUUUGGGCGUGUUGUUUGCGAAUCCGAUCUCAUUUUCUCUCUCUCGGUUUUUUUUUUUUUUCAUACGAGAGCACGGCCAUUCGGUUUUAACCGCGAAACGAACAAUGGCGAUAAUCACGAGUGUAUAUGUAAGAAAACCGAGGUUAAAAACGCAAGGUAAAAAAAAAAAAAAAACGAUACUACCACUUAUAUAUAUAUAUAUACACAUUCGAAAUUUGACAAGUUUGCUCGGAAUGAAAAUAAUAGGUAGGUAUAUAAUAUGUUAGCGUUCGAUAAAUUGCAGACGAACCGCAAAGCCCGCGAUGGACCAGUUACAACGUUAGAGCCGUCGCCGCUGAAAUGCGCGUUUUGAUUUUCGUCCGGAAAACACUUUUUCGGUCGGUAGAAACGCUCUGGUUUUUUCGACGCGGUACAUCGGAAUACGCGGAAUUUUCGACAGUUCGCCACCCCGCGGGUCUUUUCUUUCGAUUUUUCGGUUACCCCGACAACGACGACGGGGAAAGAACGGGAAGAACGAAAAACACGACGAACGUAAUUUACUCGUCCCCGUAUCCCGUAUCCCACUUUCCCGCCGUGCCUGUAACACUAUUGUCGCUGCACACAAACCUUUCAACCGCGAAAUAUCGUUCGAAUUGAAUUACGACCGCCGCCGCCGCCGCCGCGAAACCGUAAAAACGUAUAACGUAUUAUAACGCAUAUAAAUAUCAUAAAAUAAUUUAUAUACGCGCAAACACAUAAUAAUAAUAAUAAUAAUAGCAAUAAUAAUAGUAAUAUACUCGCUACAGUAUAUUAUAUACCGAGUUUUAUAAUAAAGUCUCGCGUGUGCGGUCGUCUACUCUCUCUGCCGUUCGGUACACGCGUAUUAUACGCGUUCGGUGCAGUAGUCGAAUUUAACGACUCCCCCGCCUACCCCUACCCCCACUCCGGACGUUAUAAAUUAUUAUUUUUUCGUAUUUUUUAUUUCGUAUCGUAUAUUGUGUCGUACGCGCGCAAAACGAAUUCCGAAAAAAAAAAAAUACAAAAACAUUUUACGCGUAUAAACACGCGUUUAGUCCGACGUGCGUAGAUUAUUAUUUUUAGACGUUCCGUCCGUCACUCCCGCGAGUCCAUUCAGUGUUAACGGUCAUUAUGGUCGCGUAAACAUAUAUCGUGGCCGCGCGUGAUUUCGAAUCCGCGGAUCGCGUCGCGGGCAACGUUUUCGCGCGACGCGCACGCGUUUUUGUAGGUCGUAACUGUCCCAUUACGCGUCCAAUAACUAUUGUAAAUUACGUAUAUGUGUAUAUAUUUAUUGUGUUUUUUUUUUUUUUUUUUUUAUUCCCUUCAAAUGCGCCGCGAUUUCGGCCAGUGUACAUUGAAAACCUGUUCGCGAAAUAAUAACCGAUAUUACGUUCGUAUUGGACUCGGGUUUUAUUUUUUUUUUUUUAUAUAUAUAUGUAUAUACGGUCGUCGCGACGUAAUAAUUAUUCGAAUUAUCGCUUGUUUCGUUAUCAUUAUCAUUAUUAUUAGCGGUGUACGAGCGCGUUGUAAAUCACGAACGGCCACAACGAUUCGAUUCGAAAACGAUAAUAAUACUGUGUACUCACGGAUUUCGUGACGGAUCGCGAUAAUUUAUGCCGCGGAAACGAGUUGUAAUGUCGAUUUUCUGAAAACCUACGUGUUUUAUUCCGCGACCAGAUACUGGUAUAAUAUCGAACAGAAAAAAUCGAUAAAUAAAAAAAAUCGACGUACAUUCAAAACCGGGUAUAAUAAUAAUUAUCAUCGGACGUUUUCGUUUUUUUUUUUCACCCUGCGUCUACCCACUCCUCAUAUGUCGCGCAUAAAGUUUACCGGCUCCUCUUGUUUGCGUAUACGCGUCACAAUAUUAAUAUAACAUUACAGUACCGCCACAGCGCCGGGCACGUAAUAUUUGUUAUAUUGUAUAGGUGUUAAGCGUAUGGGGGGGGGGUGCAGAGUAAAACAGUACGCGAUCGAGAAUAUUGCGCAUAGAUCGGAUAAAAACCCGAAUUUUCGUGUUGCUAGUGCUAGAAAAAUACAUUUGAAAAAUAACAAGUAUCGCGCACUAUCCAAAUGCAUAUUUUAGAUUCUUAAAUUAUAAUUAUGAAAAUCGAGCUUUGAUAUCCGACCAGCAAAAUAUUCUUUCAAUUUAAAUAAACGGAAAAAAAAAUGUUCAAAAACCGACAAUUCUCCAGAGCGUGAGAAAUUUUCCCAAGAAACACUAACUCACGAGAGAAACGGUUUUUUUUUUUUUUAAUAUAUUAGUCUCGUAGCAGAGCAUCGAGCGUUUCGGAGAAUUAUCGGGCAUUGCAAAAUAGAGACCUGCAAGUUUUUUUUUUUAUCAGAGGGUCAUUGUGUGUAGCGAGGCUAGACGAUUACGAGAUCAUUAUUAUAAAAGCAUUUCGCUUCUUCGUUUAUUGUUUUUUAUUUUUAGUUCGUGACGUAAUGUAGUAUAACGGUUGGUGAGAUACGGGAGCAGUAUUAAUUGUCAGUGUCCCGAGAGUAAUGUUUCGGAAAGUUUAAAUUCUGAUUAGAUUUGACGUUUUAGCAUAUUAUCCCGCACCUGCGUAGGUCCGUAUUGGCCUAUAUUAAGAUUAAACGAUAAAAUUCGGACCGCGUCUCGUUUCCGAAGACAGCGACAUAUUUUAUCGAGCGCUGGGUUAGCUUGGGCGCCCGACCGAUGUACCGUAACGAUAUAAUAUUAUAGGCAAGUGCGGUAUACGACCGGAUACCGCGGAUACCUACACAUACGUUAUAAUAAUAUACGCGUGCGCGCGGUCCAAUAAAAACGCAUUAGCAUUUUUUUCCUUUCCGAUCCCCGCCGUGACCCUCGCGUGCUGGUCACGAAUACCCAAAAUACGCCGUCCGCGCGUACGCCUUGAAUUAUUAUGUUCGUUUCAAAGAUUCAACCCUUUUCGGUAUUGUCGCGACUACGGUACUGUUAUUAUAUUAUUUGUCCGCGACCGACCCGAUCUCAACAAUAACUCAAACCGUUCCCAUUGUCGUCCGUACGAAAAUAUUGUUUCUGCCGUCCGCUCGGUCCGCGGUGUGCGCGGUCUGUUUGUGUUGUGGGUGUCCCGGGGUAUGCCGGCGGUCUAAAAGCGAGAACAUAAACCGUUCGACGGCCUUGCGCGUUUGUUUUUUUUUUUUUCUGUUUUUUUUUUUUGUUUCUCCUCUAAGGGCGCGCGCAAGACGUUUAAUACGGGGUCGCGAUGCGUACAGAAAAAAUAACGCGGUCGGUUUUAUAAUCGUAUAAUUUAUUAUUAAGUGCACUAUUGUACUAUUAUUGUUAUAAUAAAAAUAACGGUUCUGUAUUCGUCCGCCGGCGUGCCGUAUACCGCGAUGACCUUCGAUUUCGUCUUCUACUCCGGGUUCGUUCGUUAUUUCGGAUCUUUUUUUCUUUUUCUUUUUUACAUUAAUAUUAUUACUAUUAAAUUAUCCGUUACGAUGAUCUCGCGAUAAUCUUUGACGGCGCUCGCGGUCCGAUUUCCGAUAGAUUCUUUUGAAAAUUACCCGUCGUCGUCGGUCGUCAUCAUCAUCGUCGAAUGACCCGCACCGCGGUACAAUGCUCGCAUACAUCGUCUUAUUAAAAUGUUUAUAAAAAAAAAAAAUUUUAAAAAAACCGUCGAUUCGGAAACGUGCGUAUACCUUUCCGAACGCCGGACAAACGAUACCGACCGCGAAUCGAUCGAAACGUAUCGUUUUUCGUAUACGCUGCGGCGUUCGUGUGCCCCGAAUAUCCGUUUAAAAAAUACUAUAUUAUUGCAUGUAUUGACACACCGUUUACAGAUGGAAUAAUAUUACGUGAAGAUGCCAUCGCGCGUCGCCAUAAUAACGAUAAGGUUUACGAUAGCGCGGAACAGUUCGUAGUUAGAAAACAAUCGUAAAAAAAUCAUUUUUCUUUUACUGUUAAAACGAUAUAAUUAAAACGAUAAACGACGAGACGACGACGACGGGUUUACCGUGCCGCUCUCGAAGGUGUUUAUCCGAUUAUUAUUGCAGUAUAGUUUCACCGGUUACAAUAAUCAUGUGUCCGUAUUUUAAUAAUUUAUAGUAAAUAUUAUCGAUGGUGUUUUGUAAAAAAGGGCGCGCCGAAAAUCGAAAAAUAAAGUUUCAGUAUCAAAAAAAAAAAGAUAAGAAAAAUUGAGACCAUAAACUGGUAAAAAGGCGUAUUUAAAUACCAUUAAUUUUGGUAAUUUUGACCAAAAGAUAUUCAGGCGCCCUAUUAAAAUGUGUACGAUUAUGUGUAAUUUUAUUGACGAUAAAUUUUAUUGAAAACUGUUUCGCCAUUUCUUUGCAAAACGGUUUAAUUUGCUUCCUGAAAAAAAAAAAAACGUCUUAGCGGUAUACGCCAUUUUAUAACAAAACACCGUCGUUAUUAUAACCUUAUAUUUUGCGGCGAAUUACUUAUUUUCGCAUACGAAUCGUCGCGGAUAACUCCCGAAAUUAUAACGACUAAACAAACACGAAAUUUCGACGUUUUCUCCGGGCAGUGUUCCGAUCUAUCAGCUAUUAGGCAUACGGAUUAUUAUAAUAAAAUGUAUGAGAGAAAAACGAAACCCCGUAUUAAAAAGAUGCUUUGUCGGCGUUCCUGCAGUACAAAACACUAUCGUUUCUCGUGUGUAUAAUAUAUGAUAUUGUAACGUCGCUCGUCGCACCCCACGGAGAGACGGAGCAAUACGGUUGGUGUGUAUCGCGCGCGGUGAGAAAACGAAGGGGAAAAAUUAAAAAAAAAAUCUUCGAAUCUUCGGUGUCUGUGUGUGUGUGUGUGUGUGUAUGUACUGUAUACAUAUUAAAAAAUAUAAAAUACCGUAUAUAUAAACGAUGAAUUAUGGUUAUUGUGCCAUGAACAUGACACAACAGUGUCUGCCGCCGCCGUUAUCUUUGCAGUCGGGGGCGGCUCCUGCGGGUCUCGUCCCUCUCGCUGGGAUCCGUCGUCGUCGUCGCGACCCUCCGAAGAAAAUAAAUUACGCCGGGUGCUUCUACACGAUGCGUACACUGCGCAAUACGUCCCCCGCACACACACACACACACACAUAUAUAUAUAGUAUACGAAUUGCCGUUGUUCGAAAAAGAUCAUUGCAUAAAAAUAACGUCCGCCGGGGUCUUGCGCGGGCGAAAUGUCUUUUGGAGAAAAAAAAAAAAGCAGCAUAAAUAAAAAAUAUUUAUUAUAUACUGCGCGCGCUGCGCCCUCUCGCGCUCGUAAAUUUGUCAAUAAAUGCGCGUGUACGGAAAAGAAAACGGAAAGGGUGGAAAACGCGCGUGAUGCCGUUCUGGCAGCGGUAUAUUUCGGUUUUAUAUGCACGGACAAGAAAAGGAUGGAAAAAAAAAAAUCAAAUACGAAUACAAUAAUAAUAUGUACGGCCGCGAGGAAUUUCUUUAUCUGUACACUACUUUAUAUAUGCACCGCACUUAUGUUAUUCCGUCUCUUGUCCGAUUCUCGCGUCAACAAUGCGGUUACAAUAUAUACCAUUACGUACAUCGGACCGUGUACACAUUACUCGAAUUAAAGGGAUUUGUGUGUUUUGGAUAAUAUAUCGGCGGUCGCCGCAGGUUUUGUCGUCGUUAUUUAUACCUGGAUUGACCCAGUUUGUUUGAACUGUAGAGAAAAAAAAUAAUGUAUAUUAUACAGGUAAUUCGAUACGGUGGUUUUUUUUUCGUUUUAUUCCCAAAGGGUUAAACGUAUAAUAAAACGCUAUGUAGGUCAAACGUCGUUCUGUUUAAUAUAGGUACACGCCGGUCACACAAUAGGUGUUUCGGGUCGAUUAAAGUGAAUCCGGGCACCCUGUCGGGCAGUACCGCAGUACAUAGAUACGCAUAGGUAUAACCGAUUUUAUCGUCCAAGACCUCGUUUAGGACGUUAUUUAGGUUAACCGCGUUUGUACAAAAUAGAACCAAGAACCGACGGAAUGCGCAAUACUUUUGUAUAAUACCUUUAAACCAGGGGUAUUCAACCCGCGGCCCCCCUUGUCAUUAUUCGCGACCCGCGAUCACAUUUGAAGUACAGCAUAUCUUUUUAUAUUUCGAUAAAAUUAGAACGGCCAAAAGCCGUCGCUAUCGAAAGAAUUGGAAAAUAUUCGAUAAGAUAAAUUAUAUUACCCACUGUUUUCGGUAGUACUUACACUUGUGGGCAUAUAUUUUCACGAAUGAAAAUAGUCAAAUCGAAAACUAGAGCUCGGUUAACUGACAUUCGCUUAGAAAACUCGCCGAUAAUUGCAUCGUCUCAGAUCCAACCAAAUAUAGAAAAACUAGUUGGUGAAAAAUAAUGUCAGUUAUCGGUUAUCGCGUUAAAUAUAAAAUAAAUAGUUUUUAAUUGAAAAUUUAAAUAUGUUAAUCUAUAUGGGUAUGUUUUAAUAAUAACUAACUAGAACUUCUAAUGCCCGUGGCGAAAUACCGCUCGGGGCCGACGAGCAUAAAAAACAAAUAAUGCCUUGAACCCUGGUUCGGGGCCUCUAAAUGCCAUGGGGCCCGCAGCGUUCGUCUACCUAGCCCGUCCCGGUAUUUUCGCCACUGAUACGUACGGUCGGCCGAAUCGAAAACGAUCGAAGACGCACAGCUGAUGACACCGUAACGUUUUCGUCGUUUUCGAUGCGAAAUACGAAUUCCGCGUCGUGAAAGACGAAUCGAAUAUCGACGUAUCAAACAUCGUCCGCAGCUGCGGCGGCGUAUAGUGACGUAAAGUUAUUUUCACGUCUCGGGGAACGUUACGCCGCGGAGGAGAGUAAGGGGGGAGGGGGGUGGCGUUUUUUUUUUUUAUUAUACCGACGAAUCGCUACGUACGACGAUGUUCUUUCCGUGUUGACAUUUUGCCGCGCAGCAACGGGAAACAUGCCGUGUUCUGCCCCGUCUCUCGUUUUUCGAAUAAACGGAGAUAGCGAAAGGGAAUAAAAAAAAAAAAAAAAACACAUACAUACACACACAUAUCACACGGCGCGCACGUCCGAUAUACGUAUACGCGAUAAUAAAGAACCGAUAAAUUGCCCGGGAAAAAGUAAAGUCGUUUUCUCGAAAACCAUAUUAGAGUCGUCGUACGUAUAAGAUCGCAGGUGCUCCGGAAAUAAUAACAAUAAUAAUAAUACGUGCAGCGCUACUGUGUACACCUACAGUAUGUAUUGUGCAGUACAAGGCGCCGGGGGCCGAACGCAGGGAAACUGUAUACGUACGGAAAACUUACGAGCUCGUCGUUUCAUUUUCUUUCCCUCCCCGCUCGGCUCGGUGCACACGCACGCGCGCGCGCACACACGCGUAACGGGUGAAAAACCCCCUCGAUAUUUCCCUUAGGUGUUAUUCUCGCCCCUUACGAGAAACGUCGGAGAACGUAUACUUUACGAAUAUACACGUACUAUGCGCGUACUGCGGGACGUAUAGCGCGUGUAACGUGUAAUAAUAUUGCGCGCGGUGCGCGCGCCAUCUGUUUUCGACCGUCGUUUCCCCGUCGUCGGGUCUUUCCCGUCUGCCCCGCGCCGCGCACUUCGACCGUGCAGUACGCAUAUACCGCGUAUAGGCGGUGCUUUGCGCGAACGGGCCGAGAGAGAGGUUACGGACGAUAACCUCUGGGAAAGACGAGCGAUCGGCCCAACAACACGGCCGCAGGGGGAGGCCGGCAGAGGGAAAUCGUUUACAGCGUCGCGAAUUGAUAUCGCCGCGUUUUCGCCGUUUGUCGAAUUCCCGACGAGUCCUCGCGCGAGGGUCUUCUUUUCGCCGUCUGCACGCGCGCGCGUAUUACAUCGUUAUGUAUUACACCCCGUACGUCGUGCACUGCAGACGUAUAUACACACGUAUACGUAUACGUAUAUAUAUAUUUAUGCGCGAAACUCGAUUCCGGCACUCCAAUAGGGCCACUGCGUGCCGGUCGCACUCCGUCGGAUCGUAAUAUACCUUUAUUCCCGCGUACCCCGUAGCGAAAUACGUGCGUUUUCUUUUCUAUUCGCGUUCACCUCCCCGUCACUGCCGUAUAUUAUACGCGAGAGCGCACUCGACAACUGCGAUUCGAAACCGCGCGCGACGAGGUGCGCGGAUACGACACACGUAAUAUUGUAUUAUGUUACGCGCGUAUGUACGCGACCGCGUUCCCUAUACGUGUACGUGUAUGCGUGUGUACGUGUACCGCCCAGGAACGCGUGUUACGCAUACCGCGUCCGAUAUUGUCCGUGUGCGACGACAACAAUACACGUGUGUGGGACCGCGUUAAAUCCGAUGCGCACUCGGGCGGCGGGGCGAACAGAAUGCCCGCGGAUACUCGAAAAUCGCCCCGAUGGAUAUUUUCGUCUCGUCAUUGUUACGCGUAAUAUCGACAGCCGCGAACACAAUACGCGAUAUAAUAAUUUACGCGGUCGCCGGUUGAAACACAAUGGCCGAAAGAUGCGUUCUCCUUUUUACCCAACCUAACCUAUUGACGUUUCGUCAAAAUAUACGAACGUUUCGGGUGGGGAGGGGCGGGAGGGGAUCGAACAAAACAAACAAAAAACGCGAAUUUCCGACGUUAUUUAUUUGAUUACGUACGUAUAGUUUACGAAAACCGUUAAAACGAUAAUACUAUUCCCAAGGAACAUUCGUAUUACAAUGUUUAAUUUUCCGUAACAUUUUAAUCGCGUGUAAAAUAUUUGUUAGCGAACGUUAUACGAAUAAUAUUCUACUUUGUGUUGUAAGCUCGUGCACUGCAGCAGUCUCUGGCGGUAGGUCUGGAACGUGUUAUUUCGUAUCAAGUAUUAUAAUAUACUCGUAUAGUAUACAAUAUCAUAAAUGUAUAUAAAGACGUUUAGUUCCCGUGAAUUAGUUUUCGACUUACGGCCUCUCGUCCGUGCGAGUAGAAAAUACGGUUUUUUUUUUUUUAAUAAUAUAUAACGCAUUAUACGACACGUCGUCUAAAUUAAAACACUUAAACACAGUCGUAUACGUUUGUUAUUAUGCUCACUAUUUUUUUUUUUUUUUUAUACAUAAUAUAUAUUAUAUAUUAUAGCGCAGUUACAUCACAAUAAUAUUAAUAAUAUGUUGCGCGACGACGAUAACAACACUCGUCGAGUGCAUCAUAAUAAUCGUAAUAUUAUGUAGAGAGAGUCGGAAAGAGAAGUAAGUACUUACUCUAACGAAACGCGUUUGUCGACCGCCACGCCGCAGGAUUUUCGUUUAUUGUAUAAUUUAUUACAAUACUAUCUCAGUCCGAUUUUCGUCGGAUUUACAUUUUCUCAACCACACACAUACUGCACACGUGUACACACAUGGAAAACAAAUUAUACCCGUAUCUGCCUAUAAAAAUACACACGUAGGUACAGAAAGGGUUAAUACUGAUACCGGGCAGGCCGUUGUAACCGUAGUUUGGAAGGUACGUUUGAUAUAAACCGGGGUCAUUUAGUGCGUGACUAUAAUAACCAUUGGAAAACGAAAAACGUAAUUAUGUCAGGGGUACAAGUCGUGAUUUUUCCCUAGCCGUCGUAAUGAACUGUCCGGGAAACGAAUACAAAUCAAACAACAAAACUGGAAAAGACCCGUAAGAGAGAAUACCGGACACGAAUUUCGCAUCAGUUAUUGAGGCGGAUUCUGCGUGGAAAAUCGGAGUACUCGCUUAACCGAUAAUAAAGAACAGUAUUUCGGUAAAAAUUAUCGGGAGUUUUGAAAAGUGCUCCGAAUAAAGUACUGUCUACCGAAAAAUCCGCGGUUUUCAAUAUACGACGUGAACAAAGCGGAAUAUUUUUAACCAACUGUUACUGUUACUGCUGGAAAUUAUAAGCAAAUAUAUUUUUUUUCUUGUAGUUUUUCAGUUCAGGACAAUACGAAAAUUUAGCGUUUCUACAUAGUACAGAGAAUGAUCUAAAAAUAGGAAUAGGUAAAUAUUUGACGUAUAUAUUUGGAUAAUAAUUUCUAGAUCCGCAAUCAGUCGGCGAUCGUUUUUUUUUUCAAUUAUAACUGAGACACAAUCAAUUAUAAUGACAAACUUAGAAACAUUAGGACUACCUAGUUGAAAAUUAUAUUCAAAAUAGUUCUUUAUCUCCACCUUCAAUUCGGGCAGAUAAAAGCAGCAACAGUGUGAAUCUUUUAAUUUAGAGUUUAAUUUUCAAUUUUAUUCACCACGCCCGAAUAUCUACAAUUUCUUAGAUGUAUUAUAUAUGUAUAUAUAUAUAGUGUUCAAGCUGAUAUUGAAAUUGUUAUGAAAAAGUUCUAAUAAUAAAAGGCCACACAAUAAAAAACAUUCGAGAUGGAAUACAAUUUAUAGAUUGUCAAAUUCAAAAACACGCAGAAAACGGUGUGUACUAUCCGGAUUUCAAUAUAUACUGCGAGCAUGCUGACCAAAAAAUUUAAGUCUACUGAACAAUGUUAUUUAUAUUUCAAAGUCCCUCAUUCUUCUUAGAGGGAAAAGGCCUCUUGGCAUACCGAAACUGAGACGGACAGAUAAAGAUGGAAAAAGAGGACGUAGGAAAAUUGAUACCGCGGGAUCAGAACGGUGAUGCAAUACACGCAAUUUAAUUUGCUCGCGUAAUAAAUCGUUAUUUGUUGGCUGUGUGAUUGCCUACCGGGAGCCGAUUGAACGUGUACAGGCGAAAGGAAUCCGAUAACCCCCGGGGCGGCGCCGGGUCCCUCGGUCGCCCGAACGAGAUGAAAACGAGCCGCGCUCCGUCUUUGCACGAGACUGCGGUAAUCGCUUCGCCGUCGGUGCAUACAAUCCAAAAUCGCGUGCACAUUGUGUGUACGCGCGGCCACGUCGUACGGGGGCGACGGUUUUUUAAACCGCCCCCCACCUCCCUUCUCCCCGGCCCCGCCGCCGUUUCGAUCUCCGCGGCGAAAAAUCGAUUGCCGACGGCGACGACGCCCGCGCCGGACACCAUUCGGCCGUGGAGUACAACGCGUACGGUUUUCUCCGCGACGGCGUGCACAAAAACGCCGUGGCGCGACAACAACAACAACAAUGCCGACGGACAAUAUAAUAAUAUAUUGCGCGCCGCGGUAUAAACGCCCACGCGGCGUCGGUACGCGAGAGGGCGGUGCGAAUAAAAAUGGUCGGGGUGUGUGCGGGCGGUAGGUAGGUGAGUAUGCGUACGUGCGCGCAUAACGUAAUAUAAUAUAAUGACGACGGCGGCGGCGAACGGGGCGAAACUCUAUACCGGGUUGGGGGGNGGGGGGGGGGGGGGGUGAUGGGCGAGUAAGGGAGUCGCGGGCCCGCCGCGGAGAGUGAGAAAGGGAAUUAGGGGCGGUGUAAUUUCAUUAGAAACACCGGCGGCGGCGGCGGCGGCGGUGGCGUCACGUGCGCGACUCGCUGCGAUAUAUCGCGGCGCGAGGGUGCGUUUUAUUGUUAUUCUCGGCGCGCAAUUAAACCGAUGGUCUCCCACCCGCUACCCCGCCCCCGCCCGGUCCGUUCGCCGCGGCGCGGUCAUGUACCCCGCGCCGCCUCCUCGCCGAAAUUCGCUCGUCCGCGCACACUAGUCGCGAGGUUACGCCGUCGUCGUUCUCCCUCUAAUAUACGCGUGUGUAUAUAUGCCGCGAUAAUAAUAUAAAUAACCCAUUUCCCCUAUCUCGCCUCGCCGACGACCCCGCCGUACAUAGCGCGUUAUUAUUUUUCUUCUCGUCGUCGUCGUCGUUUUUUUUUUUUUAAUUAAAGAAGAAGACGAGAGGAGAAAAAAAACGGCGACAACGACGAUAAAUAUCCGUAAUAAGUAUACGCGGCGAGUAUAUACCGCGCGGCGGAGAGAGAGAGAGACAGAGAGAGAGAGAGAGAAAUAGAGAGAGAUAUGGAAACGUAAUAAUAUCGUAUACCUAACGAUGAUAAUAAUAUAAUAUUACGCGCGUAUAAUAUCGCGCGCAUCCGCGGAGGAGAAAACGACGACGUCUUAUCGCGUUCCCUUUGCCCGGGGCAUCUGCCGCUCCGGCUGCAUAUUUUAUAAUAAUAAUAAUAAUAAUAAUAAUAUUAGUAUUAUUAUUAUAAACUAUAACGACGGUGACGGCGGUUAAAUUUAACGGCACGGAAACAUAAUAAUAAUUAUUAUUAUACUCGUGUCGUGUGUAAUAUAACGUACACGGACUGCGCUGCGCUACGUGACUUCUUGGCCGCGACUUUGUCUCGCCCGUCACUCCGCCGCUGUUGCUGCUGCGGACCCGGUCCGCGCAUAAUUUUUAUUUCGUCUGCGUGCGCCGCGGUACGUUUUAUCGCGUUUUCUGUUUGGCGGCGGCGCACGAUCGAAGGAAAAAAACAAAAAAAAAAACAAAACGAUAUCCGCGAAACGAAAGAAAAAAAAAACCCGCAAAUACACGGUACAGCGAUGGUAAUAAAUAUUCGCGACGUGCACGGGACGCGCCGUUUCGGUGCGGUCGCGCCCGGGAAUUUCCGACGCGGAGGUGACGGAGGCCGCGAACAACGACCGCGUGCCUAACCGCGCGGGAUUUACGCCGCGUCUGCGUGCACCCGAUCCGAAAGGCCAAUUCGAUAAUCGAUACGAUUCGAGCUUCGCCUCGCGGUUCGGCCGAAUUGCAUUGUUUCUGGCACGUUUCGCGAUCAAAUCUCUAAAACCGAAUAAACGCCCACAGUUUGCGAAUUUCUUAUCCGACGGUGAACGAUAAGACUCCCGACUUCCCGAACCUGCCGAUAUUCGCUCUUAUUAUUAUCACGCGAUAAUUUUGCAUCGUACCGCGCGCCGCUUUUCGGACCAUACGAGUUUCCGAUUCACUACAAAACAAAAGUAAUAUUUUUCCAAAUACCGUCGCGUCUCGAAGAAAACGAAAACUAAAACAUUAGAUAUAUACGUUUUAAUAGUGAGGUUUCUGACCAGUGAUUAAAGCGUGAAAAACAUCAAAGACGAAUGUAUUCACCGGGAAUUGAGGGGCGUUCCCGAGGAAAAACUAAACCUAAACAGAUUUUCUUUUCAGACCUCGAGACUUGUUUUCCUCUCGCACGCACAUUGUUCAUAAAAAUGUUUUAAAGAUAUUGGGUUUACACACAAAUUGCACCCCCAAAAUGUUAUCCUACGCGUAUACGGCUGUUCGGUAAAAAUUAAGUAAAACACAGUAUUGCAGAAGAAUUUGUUUUUAACAAAACUAAUUUUAGAGUGUUUAAAAUUUAAUUAUAAAAAUGUCUCCGUGACAAUAAUUAAACCGUGCGCCCUUAAUGGACAUUUAAAUGGGGGGGGGGUCGAUAAUGCUUUACCUUCAAUAAUUAGGGAGACGCUGUCUCCCUCCUGACCCUCCCACUCACUUAAACCGCUGUUUCUGACCCCGUGUAAUGGACCGUAUAAACCGAAGUUUAAAAUGCGAACCACGUGUCCGUAUAAGUAUACGCGCGCUGCGCGGAGUGCGCCCACACGAUUACGCUUUUGAGUUUCUCACACACGCGCGGCAUAAUAUACGCGUGAGUAUUAUACAUUAUUUUAAUAAAGUGUUAAGUGAACGAAGAACAUUUCAAACGAGUGUACUCUAACGAGGUUUUAAAUAACGUGACUGCAAAUGGUCCGUGUUCUUACACACGUUUGUGGUACGGUCCUCGUGUACCAGUAGUCAUUGCCCAUGGUCGAACCGAGUGUAUGUAAAAACAACUAUUGACAAGUUUCAAGUGGCGCGGCGGUAGAAAAUACGAAUAAAAGUGUAAUACUAUCAAAUCGCGCGUGGAAAAAAAAAAAUUUUAAAAAAGGAGAAAAAAGUACUUGUAUACGAUAAUAUAUUGAACGGGCGUGCACAAACCCGUUUGUAUUAUAAGCCCGACCGCAAUAUUAUUUUGAUUGAUCGUCCCGUUGAAAAUAUCGGAAACGACGAUUUUCACCGGCCAUAAUCAUAUUACCCAUAUUAUUAUUGUUUUUAUUGUACCGCCCACUUAAAUAUUUAUCUCGCACUCGCUUAUCGGCUGUCAACACAAAAUUAUUAAUGUUUAUUACCUCGGCUAAACAAUUAAUAUUUUAUCGGCCGCGACGGAGUAAAAAAAAAAAAAAUAUAUCUUGUUAUACUCGUAAAACCAUAACGUUUUAAUAACAUUAGGUCCCCGUCGAGUUUUUCCCGAAACGUCCGCGGGUUUAAUAUUGUCGAAUACCAACGUCGCAAUGCCCCCAGGCGACCGUGUUACCGGGGAAGAUUAUCCCGAAAGCGGGGUCGGAUUUGGCCCAAUCGCAGCAGCCCUGCAGGCACAUAUUCGUCAAUAACAGCCCAUUGUGAAGUCGCGCCUAAAUCGCGAUAACCUACACUUCAAACGCGAAAACUAUGAGCGAAUUAAAUUUCAAAAUUGAAAAUUAUUAUACAUUACUGAAAAUCCAUUUUAAUAUGGAUGAUUUCGGGACGCUAUUGUGUCAUAUAGAAAUGAACGUGAUGAUUUUUAUCGUAAAUAUCGAGACGAAAUAGAUCGGCGCGAUCGCAGUUUUUUUAUCGAUAAGCAUCAUACCCCGACCAGGACACUUCACUUCACCCCUAUUAUCGUAGUUUUCUACUAAUCAUUUUUUGGCCGACAGUACCUGAGAACUAUAAUACGAAACAUGCCGUUUUAGAAUUGUUUUGGAAUAUUAUGAAACGGUCAUUCGUUCCGAAUAGUUUUAGCGAAUUUAAACAUAGGAAAUGUGAACACAAUGAACUACCGCACCCAUCUCGACAAAGGUAAAAUUCGGACAGUUUCACCGUUGGAAUAACAAUUUACGGGGCGAAAGGUAGAGCGGCCCUUAAUAAUAUAUGCAAGUGGCUUCGAUGUUAUUACUAUUACAAUAAAAUGGAUAUAUUUUUUUUUUUUUUUUAAACCAUUUAUCCAAACAAUAUAAAUACAUGACAAGUAUACUGAAAAAACAAAUUGGUUUAGCUACCUUCUUUAAGCAGAACUUGAGUUGAAGAUAGCUAAUUGUUUUGUAAGCGAUUGCACAGUAUAUGAAAAUUACAAUGCUAUGAAUUAUGUAAAAUUAGGUUAUUAAGUUUACAAUUAAGUCAUAAAAAAAAUUCGAUAAAGAUUUAUUUAAAUUAAUGUUAGUAAUUAAUCGAACAUGCUUCUUAAAAUUAUUAUCUAUGCAGUGGCUUAGUAAAGUUAUCCGAAUCACUUUUCUUUUUCUUUUUUUACAUGCUGACAACAUAGGGAGGAGUACAAUACAAUCAAACUCCAGUACAUUUUAUAAACUAUCAUAUUAUUAAAACUAUAUUUUUUUAAAUAAUGAAGUCUAUAUGAGGGAAGAUUUUUUUUAAUAUAAUCACCUGUGGUCACGACCCGCAGACUAACUGCAGAAUCACUGGUAUAUCGUAUUACAAAUAAAUAACGAUCUGUCGUAUAAUCGACGAAAAUUAUACUUUCAACGAUAAAAUGGACGGUGUUUAUCGAUAAUAGACAAUAAAAUGACAACACCACGACACCGAUAAUGUAUUAAUUUCCGUAAAAACACGGACGUUCAAUAAUGAUUGAGAUUAGGUAUUGUGAUCGUUUAUCGUUAUAUUAUUGUUAUUAUUAUUGUUGUGUACAAAUACGAAAUUAAUUAAAUGUAUAACAAUAAAGUGUUGUCAAUUCAGUAGUUAAACGUUAUUGAUCGUCCGAGGGAACUGUAUCCGAACGGCCUAUGACAAUGCGUAACAUAAUAUUAUCCCAAUGCAGACGACAGAUGAAAACGAACGUCAGUCAGUGUCAGCCGUCAAGAGUCGUCAAAUGUAUGUACGGUCGUGCGUUAAAUAGGUAACGAGACCGAUAUCGGAACAUUCAUCAUACGCCUUUUAUCGUUGGUAUUGCCGCUGUUGCGUUAUUAAUACGAUUGACGACAAUAUCGUGCAAACAGUUAUUGUUAAUAUCACAGCGCCUGUAUAAUUGCAUGUGUCGUGUGUAUUAAUUUCGUCGUUACUGUUACCGGGCGCUGUGUUAACCGUAAAACAAUCGUGCGACACGAUACCCACGAUACCAGGCGGUGGCAAAACGCUAAUAAAAUGAAUGCCAUUAGCGGACGGCUGUUUCUCGCACAAAACCAACAGUGGAAAUAGCAGCUACACGGCAAUAAACAACGGGUCCCGUCGACUGUUGUUAACAAAUAACCUAAGCUUUUGUGACCGGGAUUUGACCGGUCUCAUCGAGUUUUCAACAAACGGUUCACGGACAAAUAAUUGUCCCGUCGAAAUGGAAACGUGGUUUAAACGACACCAUUAAAAUCUCUUAAAAUGAAAAUACAGACAGGCACAAUCAUCUCAAAAUAACACGAUUCGGCAGUGAUAAGAAAUAAACAGUUCAACAGUUUAUAGCAGCUUAGAUGUUUGUAGGGGACCGGACGUAGAAAUUUACCGUUUCCGUAUUAAAAAUUCGUUUCUAUAGAGAGAUUAUACAAGUAUCUCUCGCUAUACCUUUUUUUUUUUUUCAUUGUUGUUAAUUUUUGUUUGCGUUUUUAACAUUAAAUCCUAUAUAUAUAUAUAUAUACAUAUAGUGAGUGCAAUCGAACAUUGCUUUGUUACGCCUGUUGUAUCGUUAACGGCGAUAAACCAAUGAACGCGGAAUCAAAAACCACACACGUUUCGAAAAUGUGAAGAGCCUAGCCCCCUAUUCGCGACGACGGGGUAAAUGCCCUGACCGGAAAUAGACGUUGGAUCCGCCCUUCGCGCUGCAUAAACGUGAUACACAUGCGGAUCAUUAUACGAGUAUUAUAAGAACGUAAAAAAUAAAGCGUUUUAUAGCAUCAGUAACGAUUUAUUGUGUUCACUCGCUUAUAAAAAAAAAAAAAAAAAAACCGUGCCCCUUUUCAUCCGGCUGUCGUCGAAAAACUGUAUCUCGAAAAACUCCGCGCUUUAGAAGAUUAUCGGGUAUUUUUUUUUUUUUUGAACGAUUGAUAUUUACAGUGAAUUGUGUUUAUUUUUUUUCGAAUUUUCAUCGAUAGGAUUUCACUACAGGAUAUUUCGUGGCGGGCCUCUUGUAAACGCGGACAUUUCAUAAAUACACUUGUUAUACCCACCGCCCCGGAUCCGAGGGGGGACCACGUAAUAAAACACCGUGCACGGUCUCGUCGGUCUCGAAGGAUAUAAUACGGGAAUACGAUAAUCCAGCGAUUCCGUCAAUGUUUACACAACUGUUCGUAUUCGAAUUAGAUUUUAAAACGCGCGCCGUAUCGCCGUCCGUGUCCGUUUGUUCGCAGUACGCACAACAACGGUACAGUAAAACAUUAUGAUAGUAUUGUUUUGUUCGCGACGAGAUCGUUAUCGCGCCAACGUAAUCCCGCGAUCCGUUGAUUAACCCAAUUUAUACUGCAGCUGCCAUAACAUUAUGUCUGUCCGUCCGUUUUCGUCCGUUUUACGACCUCGUUUCCCGUCUCGACGACGACGACGACGACGGUAUUUACUCGGGAGUUGUCGAAAACCCGGGCGAAAAAUAAACCUUAUUAAUAUUAUUAUGUAACUAUAGAGUUUUCGUUUCGAUCGUUUACUGUGUAUGCCGAAAAGUAGGGGCAGCGACGGAUAUCCCUGCACCGUAUAGAACGCGAGUAUUGCGUUACGUUAUCACGACGAUUAUUUGUGACUCGAAAGCAAUCGUCCGACGACAAUGAUAACGCGUGCGAUGCGUAUGAUUAUUCUGGCAGUCGCCCGGCUCGCAAAACGGAACGGGACUUUUAUUUAGUUUUUUCGCAGAUGAAAAGUCGAUUCGGCGAAACAGACUUUUCCGAGCACAUCCGUUUUGUGAUGGACGUCCCGACGGUGCGACGAAAACGCGAAAGUGCGUCCGGACGCUAUGCCGUUGCCAGUACUCACGGCGAAACCAACAGCCGCGAAAACGGACUUGGGCCGAAACUUUCCACGGGCGCGCAAUUCCAGAGAUCGCGGCCGCGUAACGCACGGCGUAUACCUACCCUCGCGAGUCCGUUCCUGCGGGAACGCGGCGCGAAAGUUUUUACGGGAACACGCCCGCGGACGAUAUUGUACGACGGGGGGUGGGGUUAGGGUUCAAUACGUACGGGUAAAGCCGCUGCGGGACGGCCGCAGUAACACCGUAUUAAACGGAAACGAUUCCGCCGGACCUGUCGGUGCCGCGACCAUGGUCGGGGCGUUUAGGGGUUAUAACCUAUUCCCUCUACCCUCCGCCCCCCCCUUCCCGCGUAAUUCGAUACACUAUUUUUCAAAAGUAUUACGACGAAUCCGGUACAAUUGUGCCGUAGCAACUGUGGUCCGGAAAUUUAUUGGAUAUUUAUCCACCUCCCAACACAACCCCCCCCCAACCUCUCCCCGGCCCUUCGAAACCGGUAACGCAAACGCGACCCGGGCUGCGUGGCACUUCCUCGGCGCGCGCGUGACUGUAUUCGGCCGAUAAUAAUUCGUUGUUAGAAUCGAACAAACAUCGCGGGAAACUCGAUAACACGCGCGUUUGCAGUGCAUACGUUUUUUUUUUUUUCUUUAUUUUAACCAUAAACGGUACAACGAAGUGUGCGCUGUGUGUUCGUGAGAUGAAAGACGUUAGUGGUUUAUAUUUUAUGGCGAUUGUAUACGAUUGAAUUAUGUCGUUUAUAGUUGACCGCGCGAUGAGACUCGCGAAGAUGGGCGUCCUGCGGUUUUUAUGCGUUUCGUACGAUAUAUCGAAUUAAUUUCAUCCAUUUCAUAUUGCAGUACAUACGUAUACGAUUAUGAUAGGUAGGUACCUACGCAACGCGUCUCUCGUACGUUCGUGUCGAAACGAUAAAAUUGUAUGGAAAAAAAAAAAAUAAAUAAAAAAACCUAAUAUAUUCUAGAAAAACGUACAACAAUUACGUAACGAUAUUUAACAUUAAAAACUAUGUGUUCUGCGGUUCUUUAUUCGGUACGAAAAUCACGACGUGCACAAUGUCGGCGAUGUUUAGGUCGCGGGAAUACAUAAUAGCGUUCUGACAAACAGAGUGGACGUAAACAAUAAAAAAAAAAAUGUCGUUGCGGGGUUUUUCGGAAGAGUAAUCGAUUAGGCGUAUUCUAACCGCGAAAACGUGCCUAGAUAAAAAAAAAAGAAUAAACUAAAAAACGAUUUCAUUGUAAUAUUAUCGCAGUGUUGGUCGUGUGGUAUUCGUGACCGUACUCGAUUAUAUAUUACCUAUAUACGGAGUCGCGUACCUAAAAUAAAGAAAAACAAAAACAAAAACGAUAAAUCAGCGUUCGAAAGCAUUAGCAGAAGUGCUGUAAAAUAUCGAAGUUCGUAUAAAUUGUUCAAGUUUCAACGAAAUUCCCCCGUGGCCGUGGGCGCAAGUGUAUAAUAGACUUGGUAGGGCUAUCCGCUUUUUUUCGAACACAAACACGAAUUCACGAUCGAAGAAUUAACAAAAUGCCAGCAACAAAAAAUGUUUAUCAGUAUAGUGGUUUCCGUCCGAACGUAUCGCGCACGCCGAGAAAAAAACGUCUAGAUACGCCACUGAAAAACGCACGUGAUUCGAUUUCCUGUUUUGUAAAACGCUACGACAAUCGGAUGACGGGGGCCAUUGUAUAAUUCUUUCCCCCGACGCCCGAUAAGGAGCACAAAGUCGUAGAACGUCAUAACCUCAAAACUAUUAUUAACCACGUCUCGAAACUCGACCGGUUACGCAACCGCACGUCCGGUAUCAGGUCGGAGGGUAGGAAACGUUUUCGCUUGUUUGCUUUUGACUUUACGAGUAUAGAAAUUUAACGAAUUCGUCCCGUGUUGUAUGAAACCCACCACGGGAUUAUAGCUCAGUGGCUCGGGGGGACGGUUUAAAAAUCUUAAUACACCGCCGAUGUGAUUACUAUUUUAUUACCUACAGACGCAGUGCCGGUUCGGAAAAUAUCGAGGGUCUCUGCCCGGUUCGUUUAAUACGAAUUUUUUUCCUCUAUUUUCCUAAAUAAUCACGUGAAAUUGCUUUACAGCUGUGCGACUGUAGACGCGGUGCCUCUAAAACGUCCGCCAACUGGACAACGUCGAAAACGCCCCGCCCGGGUUAUGGCGCCUUUAUCGUUUCGAAAAACUCCGGCUCGGGCGCUCGGCCUCUGCCCCGGCUCGACGGAGAACCGUAUUACCGCGAUUUGUAAACAAUUAAUCAUCGAUAAUUAUCGCGCGACGUUUACAAACACGCGUUUCGUGUCGAUUGUCGCGUGCCCGACCGCGCGAUAGUAAUAUUUGCACUGGCGUGCGACAACAACAGUUUUUGCGUACGCGUAGUCACGAUUACCGUACCGCACGGUAAUAUUGUAUUGGGCGGCGAGGUGUCGUUACGGAUGGUGGGGGGGGGUGGUUGUGGUGGUGGUGGUGGUGACUGGCGGCCGGGUCCGCUUCUGCGGUACGGCGACGGCGGUGAAAUCCGGACGCGGGAUUUUUAAUCGGACCGCGGAAUUGUUAUGAUUAUUUGUCGCGGAAACCUUUACUGUCGCGGUGUGUGGUGGGGAGUGCGAUAUGGUUUUAUAGACACAACAAAAACGACACUACUCGCUAUGCCGACCGUUUAAUAACGAUGGCGGCGGCGGCGAUAAAAUCUAAUCGUAACCGUAUAUCACCCAGUGUAUUGUUUCAAGUUAUAAACGAUAAUAUUAUUAUGCGACAUAGACAAAACACCGGUCCCGCAAAAUAUAACAGUAUUAUUAUUGUUAAUUUUACGACGCGUCCGAAAACGGCACAGGGUAUAAAGGCGCGGGGAAAAUCGAGUACAUUAGAUCUUCGCAGUCGCGCACAUAAACCGUUGUCGACGGAAACCGAUUCGGAGCGAAUUGUCGCAUGUCUUUUUUUUUUCGCACGUCCUUAACGUACGUUUCUCCCAGAUUAUCACGAAAACCGCUUGGAAAAUUAAAAAUAAAAAAUUAUUCCUUUUCCAAGUACGUUCUUGGUCUGUUCAUAAGACCUGGCGCGUAACGUAAAUGAAAAAAAAAAAAGAAAAAAGGAACGACGUGAUAUUGGCGUCGGCGACGGUCAAAAGCAAAAGCGAAAAAUAUUACCGGCGGUCGUCCCGAUGAUUAUAUUAUACGCGAGACGGGUACGCGCUGCGGUGUUGAAACGGAAAGAGAGAGCGACAGGACCCUCGCGUGGUACCGGCGGCCGCGGCGGCGACGGCCGAGCGUAACCAUAGCGACCGGGCCGGCAGUCUCCGCCCUUGGCGUUGGCGCCAUUAAAGGAUCGCGGCGAAUUCCCGAGGCGGCCAUCGGCGGCGGCGGCGACGGCGGCGGCAAUCACUCGCCGCCGUCGAGACUGCGGACGGCGCGGCGUCGUCGUCGGCACCAGGGACGGCGGGACGCGAUUGUUGUUACGGAUCGCGUAAUUAUUGCGAUCACCGCGGCGGACGGGGUUAGCCGCGGCGUAAUUCCCGUUAUUACGCGGCGCGCGUCCGUCAUCGAAUUUCCGUCCGGGACUUUUGAUUCCGCGGCGGAAAACUUUGGGCGGGUCAGCGCGCUGUCCGGAACGAAUGGUUUUUUUUUUCUUUUCUUACGUCGCGACGUUUUUGAAUUUCCCCUUCAACCUCUCCCCCCCCCCUCCAAAAACCCGAUCCGAAAUGUACGCGCGGGGAUUUUUCGGCGGCCCCGACGUAUUGCACGCAGGGAUCGUCGAGAAGGUCGUUUCGCGAUUUCGUCACGGUUAUAAAUAACCCGGAACGCCACCCGUGUGGGUCGUAUGUCGGCAAUUUUUUUUUUUUUCCCGUUUUUCGAAAACGUCGAAUAUCUUUAGCUCCCGCGCGCCGUACGCACACGCCGUGUCGUAAAGAAUUUCCCCCGCCACGCGGACGGCGGCGGCAUAAUCGACCCUCCCACCAUCUCUCAGGCCCGUCGCGCCCCCGUCUCGUACGGAACAUAACGAUAACAGUAAUAAUAAUAAUGAUAAUAAUAAUAACAAUAAUAACAAUAACCGUAUACCGCGUUAUAUACCGCCCGCCGUUACCGCCGUUUAUCCGGCUAUUAUCAGCGGUGGCGGCGUCGUUUUAUCUCUCCGGUCGUCCGCAUUACGUGCGGCGUUAUUUCGCCUGCUCCGCCGCCGCGCGCCACGCCCGGCCAUAGUUGUUUAAUAUUUCCCCGUCCGGUGCUGCCCCCCCCCCCCCGUAGUCGUUACCGUUAUUACCCGCGACCCUCCGGCCGAGAGCCGAACGUUCGCGGAACCGAAAUUAAUUUCCGGGUCCGCGUAUUCGUUAGGGACCGCGGGGGAGACGCGCAGGCCGCACCGCCGUCGCGGCCGGGGAAUUCCGUAGGUGUGCCGUAGUAUACGCGCGCAACGGUCUCGCAGCCUUUCUCGGCCCCUUUGUAGACCAUCGAAAUUAUUCGGUAUUCGUACCGAUCGAGACGCGAACAAACGAAUGACCCACCCCGUCCGUUUUUCAUUUUCCCGCUUGAAAAUGAUUUUCCAAAGACAAAACUUUCGCGAAACGACUGCUCGCGACUGCCCGGCAACGUGUACGCGGCCGCGUCCUCCAGGACGGGAAUCGCCGCUGCAAACAGAACGGGACCCGAUUGCCCGGUGAAACUCUCAAUCUCGACUGACCUAAACUCUGGCUGUUUCGCUUCUACACUCAUCCUCGUAGUUACUUUCCGUCAACUCGAGCCCGUUGCUGACGCCUUCCGGGUUCGGUCCCGUCAUGGCUGUACACCGUCCGCGAACAUCUCGCCGCCGCGCCAGUCGCCCCCGCCUCGCCCGUCGUCCCCGCGCACGUCGUCAGACGGGACGGUCCGCGAGAACUCCCCGUACCGCGUGACGGAUGGGAGAACCUAACCGCGUGAUAAUAUGAUGUCGAACUCGAAACGGGACGCCGCGAGUGUUAUUCGGCGCCGUAUUGUCCGUUCCGGUCGUCCGCAUCACGUGCGGCGUUUUUUCACCUGCUCCGCCGCCGCGCGCCACGCCCGGCCACAGUUGUUCAAUAUUUUCCCGUCCGGUGCUCCCCCCCCCCCCCCCNCCCCCCCCCGUAGUCGUUACCGUUAUUACGCGCGACCCUCCGGCCGAGAGAGUUUUCUCGAGAUGCCGACCACUGUGUUUUAACGGCCGGGCCUAUUAUUUUUUUUUUUUUUUUUUUUUUAUCCUCAAUUCGUUUACGCGGACUAAACGCGCGUCUGUAAUCGCUUUACGCCAGUGAAACGCGAACGAUUAAAACGGGUCUGAGUUCGGGACGGCGCGGCGGUAUUUUUUCUUUUCUCGUUUCGAUUUCGGUCUGUCGGGGGGCGGACGGGCGCUUUUUGUUGCGACUCGGCGGCGCUCGCUGGUCAACACUGCUUAGGUGUAUUACACACCUAACGCAAUUGAUACGGUCCAUACUCGUGUAUCGUUCGAGAAAAACGCAACCGGGCCAAACGGUCUCACCAGCUCGUUGCGUCCGCGUGUACCGUCGGCGGCGGGGUCCGCGCGGUUUUCGAAACGAACCGUUGUCGCGCGUCCCGGCAGCGAAAUCUCUCGGACCCGGCGGAUCGAUUCGCUCCGCGGGAAAAACGGCGCUUCGGACGGCGACGCUUGCUGCCGGGGGAUGGCGUUUAACUGUUGUAAUUUAACGGAAUUACCGCGGACCAAGGCGAAAUCAAAAAAACGCGAGAGGUACACGCUCGCCGUGUAUCACUAUAAUCCGCGGUGGAUGUGCACGCGCGCGCGGUUUUUUACGCGAAGCGAAAAACCCGCGGCCGCUCCUUUUUCCUUGGGAAACAGUCGUGUCCGGUUAUUUACGCACGACGGGUACACGGCUGUUUAUUAAUUUGCGCGGUAAAUUAUUGAACUUCCUGCCGAUUAUCGGGCGCGUGGCUCCCACACCGGCCGUAUUUUUAUCGUUAUUAUUGAAUACAUUAUGUUAAUGCGCGUUUAAAUAUACGAGCCGUUCGCGGUAAUAAUAAUUUCGACUGUCCGGCGAUAUAAUUACGAACCGCGAAAAUCGUAAUCGUAUGUUAAUAAGAGUCGUUCGUAUAUACAUACGCAGAUAGCCGUCUCGGUCUAUAAUAACCGACGGGCGACGACACGGCGGAAUUUUUAAAUUUAUGUUUUGAAGUUGACACACAUUUUGCCGAACGCGCCGAGACGAUCCGAGUCCGAACAAAUAACAGAAUUCAAACACGUGAAUAUUUCCGACGGCCGUGCGUGUAGGUAUUUUCCCUCCCUCCACCCCCGAAAAAUUGUCGUACGAAAAAACUAAAGCAUUUUUGAAAAAAAAAAAAAUCAUUGUAAUAUUACAAUAUAUAAUAACGUUUUUUGCACGGACGGUUGUUCCGGGUAAAAGCUACAAGUAUAUACGGCUCUCGAAAAUAUUCUCCUCGCUCUUUCAUAUUCGUUUGUCUGUGGUUUUUCAAUUCUAUUUCAACACAAACGCGACAAUUCGUGUCGGUUAACGACGAUGGACGUGUGACGCCGCAGUACUCAUGAACGCGUUCGGCAUUAAAGCCGUUUUCGGUGUUUUCGUCUAAACUUCAAACGGUAAUCGUAACGACUUCGAGGUCAGGGGAUUGACGGUUAUUAUAUUUCGUAUGUUUUCCGACAGUCGCGAACUGAAGCGUUUAUCAAUAAUCUAGGCGAAUCGUAUUUCGCAAGGCGCCAUUCGUCUUCGUCAUUAUUGCCUCUGCAGUCCCUAGCUGCGUGUACAGUAUUCCGUAAAAACGACAAACACUUCAUUCACGAAGGGGAAUGAAUUUGACCAGCGAACAAUAAAACCAAUGUCAAUGCGAAACACGAAAACGGAUUUAUUCAUAUUACGAGUUAUAAAUAAUAGGUGCAUGGGUUCUACGGGAAUGUUUAACUGUGUGCGGUCGAAUCGCGGUGCCGUUUGAACGUUACUCAAAACGAAUAUUAACUCGACAAACGACUUUUAGGAAACUUCUGAAGAUCUCUUCUAAAUUCUAACCGGUGCAAACGGGCACGCAUCGGUCGUUCCGGAUCCCGGGGUUACGCCGUGGUGAUUCUAACGCGAACGUACUGUAACGUAUCGCAACACUAUUUACGAGCGAAUAGUACUCGACUGCGGUCGAUUUUACACGUUUCAAAAUAUUCGUGUAUAAUACUUAUUGUGCGUUGUAUACUUUAUGAAUUUUUCGGUUUUUUUUUUUUUGUUUUUAUUCUUUCGUUUUAUUACACGUUUCGAUUAACUAUACCGCCGUCGAGUUAAUAAAUAUUACCCACACACACGCACACACAUAUCGUUUCGAUCGAAACUGAUAACGUAAUAACAAGAUUAUUUAUGUUUAAUAUGUAUUUUAUCGACGUGUAUAAUAAAGACAGAAGAGAAAAAAAAAAAAAAACUUAAUAUUCAAGGUUGCGGCCCGCGAACGUACGACUUUACGAAAUCGACGCGUUCUUAAAUAAGUACGCGGUUUCGCGAUACGCGAAACAGUCUGCGCAUAUUAACAAUACAACAUUAUCGUACUCGUCGUAACCAUCUGUUGUACAACUGUUUUAGUUUUUUUUUUUUCUUUGUUCCUGGUACUGAUACGAUAUUUCGUGUCCGUAUCCGACGUUAUUAUUAUCGAUUACUAACGAACGUGGUUUUCCUCUUUUUUUUUUUUUUUUGCCGCAGGUCCGAACGGAUGUCCGCGACGCCGGGGCCGGCAGACGUACACCAGAUUCCAGACGCUGGAGCUGGAAAAGGAGUUCCACUUCAACCAUUACCUGACGCGGAGGCGGCGGAUCGAAAUAGCGCACGCGCUGUGCCUGACCGAACGUCAGAUCAAGAUAUGGUUCCAGAACAGGCGGAUGAAGCUCAAGAAGGAGCUGCGGGCCGUCAAGGAGAUCAACGAACAGGCGCGCCGCGACCGGGAGAUCGAACAGGCCAAAAAGCAGGAGCACACGAAAAUGGACGGCGGCGGCGGCGGCAUACACGUACAGCAACAGCAGCAACAGCAGCAGCAGCAGCAACAGCAACAGCAACAGCAGAUGCACCAUCAGAUGUCACACGAACAGCACAAACUGCAGAUGGCCGGACUGGACAAGGGCACGGUCGACAUGCUCAAGGCCAAAACGUAAAUACCGCCGGCGCGCAAUAACGACAGUGAUAACAACGUGACGACGACGACGACGACGACGGUGAUAAUAACAAUAACACGUCGCGAUUCGGAAGAUUUUUUUCAAAUAUUUUAAUAUGACAAUUAUUAUUAUUGUAAUAUUUUAACCUCGUCGCGCGGUUACUGUGAGUAUAAUAUUGUCGGCCGAUCGCCGUCGCAGUUAUCGUUAUACCGUUAUUGUUGAUUAUUUAUUAUAAUUAUUAUGAUAUUUUGUUGUAUAAAAUACAUAUUUUUUUUUUUUCGAUUCGAAACAUAUACGUAAUAAUAUUAUAUUUAAUAUAUUAAUUAAUCUAUAGACGAAAAAAAAAAAAAAAGAAAAAGAAAGAAAGAAAAAGUAAACACUAUUCAUCAAUAUAAUUAUUAUAUUAAAUCGUAUUUAUAAAAUUAAUUUUAAACGAUUACCUAAUAAUAAUUCGCUACGCAUUGAUAAAUGACUAAUACGUUUCCACCCCCCCCCCUUCCACCGUAAAUUUAAGACUUUUUUAAAAGUAUUUUUCAUAUUAUUUUAUUGUAAUAUAAAUUAAUGACGCGAGACGUUAUCGUACCGCGUGUUAUUAUUAUUACCGUAAAGGCCUGAUAAUAUUGUUUUCCCGCGUGUUUCUUCUCUUUAUUAUUAUUAUUAUUAUUAUUAUUUUUUUCUCGUUAUUUUAAUUUAUUUUCCCUCGGCCCGAGUCGAUUUUCUUCGCCGUAUUGUUCUCGAGACGCGAAUAAUAAAAAUAAUGAAAAAACGUCAUUCGAUCCCCAUUAUCCUUAAACACGCAGAGCCGAUAAUUGUUGUUUGUUUGUUUGUUUUUUUUUUUUCCCCGUUUGUUUUUGUUGAGUAUUGUUUUGACGUUAAACGUAAAAUCGCGCGUUCCGUUCCACCGUACGGUGUAUUACUACGACACUACGGCCGGAACGAUUUAAAAUUUUCAAAAACACGUUUUUUAACGACGCAGUCUUCUCCGCGACAAAUACAGUUUUCCGUUUCGACCGGUUUUUUCCCCGCUUCUCCCGGAGGCGUCGCUUUCUCGCGACCAUCGUCAGAGUCCCCUAAAAAUAGCCACCCCACCCCCUCUAAGCUUCCCCCCGUUUGUCCGCCCGUCCGCCAAAAAAAAAAAAACCGUUUUAUUAAUUUUAUUUUUUUUUUUUUUCAAUCGUCCACCCAACGAACCGAGACCGAGAUACGCGAUUGUAAUAUUAUACUAUAGUACCGUUAUUAAUUUUUUACCGAGGGAUUUGUUCAACAGUCGACGUUGUUCCUACUCGCAAGUAUUAUUAUAUGUUAUUAAAUAUAGUUUUGUUUGGUUAUUAUUAUUAUUAUUAUUUUUUUUUUCUUUCCCCAAUAUACGAUUAUUAUUAUUAUUAUAAUUUCUUUUUUUCCCCUUAUCAGGCGCGUCGAGUACCUAUAACGUAGUAUACGACUACAACAUUUGUAAUAUUAGUGUGUAUAUUAAAUUGGAGGACGUACGUGUUACAUAUAUUAUACGUGUUAUAAUAUACACAGGUGUGCGUUAGACACGCGCGCGUGAAUUUUCGUUAAAUUUCUAUUAUUUUCCCCGUCCCGGUUUGAUAAAAAAAAAUUCGUUUUGUUUAAGUUUCCGAUUAUUACGUUUUUACCGACUAUUUUUAUUAUUCAUUUUUAUUAUUAUUUUUUUUUUUUUUUGAUUUUCCGGUUUAAGUUUAUCACGUUUCGGCGCCGAUGCAUUUCGUCCGGCGUCUAUUACUAUACUGCUAUUAUUAUUAUUAUUAUUAUUAUUAUUAUUCUUUCUCCGCCCUCGCCCCCCCUCCCCCCUGUUUGUGAUCUACAAUUAGUUUUUUUUUUUUUCAAUUUCGCUCCCCGGCCGUUAAUAUCGCGUCAACAAUACAACAACAAUAAUAUAGUAAUAAUAAUAACAAUGUUUCGUUAAGUUCUUUUUUUUGUGUUCAUAUUAUUAUUAUCAUUAUCCUAAUAUUAUGUAGACAAAUCGUUGUUUUUUUUUUCUGCCCCGCGACUCGUGCGUAGUUACACGGCGUAUCAUAGGGACGUUUAUAUAACGUGAAAAUCCGCGAGAUGUCGCGACGGCGUUUCGUUUCGUUUCGUUUUUUUUUUUUUUUUUACCAAGUAAAGUAUUUUCGCCGCCAGAUUAAGUUUUUAAUUUUUUUUCUCGUGUAAAUAUAUAUUUUUCUUUAAUAUUUAAGUAUACCUAGUGUUGUAACGCUUUUUUUUUUUUUAUUACGAUUAAAUACAAUUAAGUAUAUAAUAUAUUAAAUUUAUUUUUACGACUAUCUUUAUAACAUUAAUAUAAUUACGAUUGUAAUAAUAAUAAUAACAAUAAACCACAACCGAAUAAUAAUAAUACAUCGGUUUCGUUACUUUUAAUUUAUUCAUUUUUUAUGUUUUUAUAUGCCGAAAUUUUUUCCGAUAUCGUAUAUUAUUAUUAUUGUUUCGUUUGCGCGGUAAGUUUGUCUACGCCCAUAUUGUUAUAAAAAAAAAAUAAAAAAAAAACAAAAACGGUCGCAAUUCCGACAAUCUUUACACGAAAAAUACGCGUAGGCCGAAAUCCGUAUAUAGUUUGUAUAAUAUUAUAAUAAUGUAAUCUAUAAUAAUUUAUUAACCGCUUUUAUACAUAAUUUACAUACAUUUUACGUAGAUUAGGAUACUUUUUUUUUUGUCUCCGCAGCGUUUAUAUUAUAACGUACCUAUAUAUAUACAUAAACUAUGAUAAUUAUUUUAUAGAAUAUUUAUAAGGUCUUAUUUUUUUAAUUUUUUUUUUUUUUUUUAGGUCGAUUAA